UGACAGCGGUGGCUACAGUGGACCGUCCCUCCCAGAAAGACACCAACCAACGCCGCCUCCUGCUCCUCCUGCCUCGACGUCUGCGGGCCGUCCGUGGGAGAACAGUCUGGGCUUCUUCUCGCGUUGGACACCGCCUCAUCACUUAGCGGGUAAGCAGGUUUCAUACUCUUCAUCAUCUGCAGUCCGCUGGGUUCACAUAGCUUCUCCACCAGCGCUAACAGUGUUGGUAACACCCCCCUUUAUUAACCGAGGUUCAUUGAAAUUCUGCUGCUCGUUUGCCUUUUCUGUCCAGAAGCAGUGAAGGAAAACCCUACACAUUUAUGCUCAGACAACGUGACUGCAAGCCACGGGCGAAAGGGGCUGCUCCAUACCUGAACGAAGCAGCAGGAGCAAACGAGGCUGCACAUGACCGGCUGAAGAGACCAGCGAUGCUUCAAGAUUUCAACAAGAAACACAACCUGCUCAGCAAGGUGAGCUUUUGCAGAUAUACAUUUUAAUAGCAGAUCUGUUCCAGCGAGGGGAUUAGGGAGACAGCUGGGUUGAUUGUGGUGUUGUAGGGGUAAGGAUGAAGAGGCAAGCAUCAGCCUCCUCCUCCUUCAGUGUGUGCCGCUAGUGUCGGAGGCCAUUGGCUCUGUGCAUCCCCCCCUGCCCGAAUGGAGAUGCUUUGUAGACGGUGACCCGUCUCACAAUGCCCGCCUUUCUUCACGUCUUUCCCCGUAGGCGUUAUGAGUUACACAAACCACGUUGAGCAGGUUGUAUUGUGUGUAGUUUGAUUUUUGUAUAUAUUUUUUUCUCAUUUUGACAUUUGUUAAUAAAUUUAGUAUACUCUUAAUAAGCGUCUAAUGAAACUUGUUUAACUUUUACUUCUUUCAAACGCUUGGUUUUAGUCCUGUAAUUAUUGGGAUUACCUAAAAGUACCAUUUUUUAUUGAUAUCAGUCAAAGGUAAGAUCCAAAGAGCUCUCAAAAGUAUUUGGGUGUGCACACAUAGACAUUAAUUCUCAAAAACAAUUCUAAAAGUAUUCAAAUGUGGAAGAUGAACACACAUAGCUAUCAACAAAAGGAAAAACAGAUGGUAUGUGGCUGUUUAAAACAGAAAGUGACCAAAGGAAAAAAAAAACAUGCUUUUAUUAUCUAUUUUAUUUCAGUUGCGUAAACUCACAAUGCAGUUUCAUGGCGUUUUUUUUUACAAAGGAUGAUAAGCUGAAUGGGCACCUCAGCGAGUUUGGGAACUUUCUCUCACCUGAGUUGUCCUUGAGACCACUCUUACUGCCUGUACUUUUUUGAAACAUCAAACAUUUUUGAAGUCAUAUUUUGUCCAGAGAACAGCAAGGGCAAGUGAACCCUGUUAAUUUUUGACAGCUUAGUAACGUGCGUUCCUAGAAAUGCAGUCAGUGUACAAUAAACAUGUCACUGGCUGUCAGAAUCAAGUCGCCUAAAUCAUUUUGACAUUUUCCUCCCAAAGACAUUAAAUGCAGUGACUUGGCUAGAGCUUGACAUUUAAGCAUACUUUCCUUCUUUUUUUCCUAUUUCCUUCUCCCCUCCUCCUUUCUCCUAUCCUUAUCUCUCCUUUCUCCUAUCUUUCCCAAGUGACCUCUCCACACCCCUGUGUGCUGUUUUCCUUCUCCUCCAUCACCAAAUCUGCGCUUUACUUCCUCUGUCUUCUUCUUCCCUUCUUUGCCCCCUUGACACCCAUCUGCCCUUCUCCCCUCACUGCUCCACUUCUACCUUCCUUUAUGUCCUCUCAACUGCUUCAUUCAUCCCUCCGCGGCUCUCCUUUCCCCUCCAUCGAUUUGCCUGGAGGUGUUGCUAUGAGACAAGAGCAGUCGGAGUCCUGUGAAGGAUUGAGUAGAUGGAGGGGCACAAGGAGGCUCUUCUUUCAUCUCUUCAGGUUAGGUUGCGUGUUCUGAGUCUGUAGUAAAUGGUAAGCUGUAGGUGAGAUGGUAGGCUCCCUUACAUUUUAAUUUGAAUGCAAUUUGUAUUCUACGCUGGUAAGGCUGCUUAAUUAAUCUACUUUUUCUGAUCUCAUUAAAAUUACAAGUCACAACCCAUCUGUAACAUAGGUAUGAUGAAAUCAGUACACUUAUAUGCUUCUCACAUCUCAAGGAUAAGCUGCAGUUCAUGCUAAAGUUUUUAUUGCCACUCAGAACACAGACCUAUAAGAAAGGAGUUUGCACUUUGAUCUGAUGAAAACAAGCAAUAUGUCGAUGUAUUUUAUCACACAGCAUGACUUUUGACAUUUUAGUUCCUCUUUGAUUGUGAUUGUGCCAAGCAGAUGAUUUUUUCCCGAAUACAUAGUUGCAUGAAAGCUAAAACAUUAAUAAUAACUUAUAGAUGAUCACAAAUUAUUUAACAGUAAGCACAUUUUUUACUUAAAAGGGGAUGCUAGUCUGCUUCAUCAGGACUGUAGGGGUAUGUUUUUUAAAAAAUUAUGACAGAAUACCAAACAACCCACUUAUCUCCACCAUAUUACUAAAAACAAACUCUAAAUUGGUCGCAUUUUGAAUAGUGAAGAAGAAAGCAGGGAAAGAGAAAUGCAAUAAUCGUUCAUUUAACAUAUUUAAAAAUUAAGUAUAACUGAUCCAAAGAAAAAGUUCAGUUAAUGCGGAACAGUUAAUCUGGUGAAAAAACAGGGAUUAUAAAAUGUAAUGUUUAACUUGCUGUAUGAUUGUUUAGGAUAGCGGCAGAUAAGUGACCACCUGACCCCCUCUAUCAACAAAGGAACUUAUCAACAGCCGCCAUAAGGUGUGUUAAUGAGUCACCUCUCCCAGUGUGAUUAUCCGUCCAUCUAAAAUGACAUCUUUCUCAAUUCAGCCUUCUGUGAUACCAUAUGGACACAUUUCACGAAGACAACACUCUUAGCACUUCAUCCUCAGAAAAUCCAUGGGCUUACAUGUUAAGAGGGUCAUUCUCAUGCUAGUUCAGCAAUCUCACAGAAGGUGUCAUAACCUUCAGCCUUGCCUUCUGGUUAUGUCAUGUAAGCAAGAUAAACAGGAUUAUCAGCAGUGUCACCCAAGGGAGUUAAGUUACCAGAAACAGAUACAUUAUCUGAAAUCUACAGCAUGCAAUGUUAUUAUGGUCUUGGUCUUGGUGGCAGAGAAACUUCUAUUUUAACCCACCUUACAUCUUUGAGGCUCUAAGUGAAAGAAAACUGCCUUCAUCUCACAUUGUUUUGCAUGAUUUCAUUUUUGGGACAUGUUUUGAAAAGCCUUUCGUUUCAGUAUCUCUUUUAGCAUGUCUAUUUUUUAAGGUCAUGUGAGAAUAAUAGAGGGAUAGAGGGGAGUUGCCACACAACACGUGCUUGUAGCUCACAGAGCACAGUGCUCAAAUUUCCAUUCUGGAUUGUUCCCGGUGUUAAAAGAGGCUUAGAUGCAGCAGCACAGAAGCAGGCCCAGCUUUGUACUCAUGGCCAAUAUAACACCUAAACCCCUUGUAUUCUAAAUUUAUGCUUGUAUAGACACUGUGUUUUGGCCCAGGCUGACAAAACACAGUGUUCCAGUUGUAGCACUCUUCAGCUGUUAGAUUCAGUUCAUGUCAGAGUUGAUGACUGAGGGGACCAGAGCCGAGCUGUCAGUUUGUCACUGUCAAUUUAUUGCCUUUAAUCUUCUCUCCAGAAACUUUUAAUUUGAUCUAAAAUCUUAGGUUUUUUGUGUUGAUGGCUUUGGGGCACUUUCAAACAUCUCCCUUCAUUUCUUUCAUGUCUUUUUUCUAAUAUCUUCAGUGAAACUGGCAAGCUGUUUGUGUAACAGAAAAGUUGUGAGAAACAAACUCAAGCAGAUUUACUUCAACUCCCUCACUGAUGUCUGCACUCAGUGUUGCCGUCAUGCAGUCUGCACCUAAUAGACGUAAUUAAACUUCACAAAUCUGCAGAAAUAUUUGUAAACAGAUUUCUGAAACUGGACUCACCCAAUGGAUUUAUGAAUAAAUCUUUGUGUUUAAUAUGAGACAUUUUCAGAUUUUCAACACCACAUAAAAACGAAAUGAAUUCAUGAGGAGUGCGCACCCAUACAUUUUAUAAGCAGGAAGUUUCAGUGAGCAUAAAUGUGUAGAGAAAAGAAACUACUGUUGACGGGUAAAAAAUAUUAGAAAAGUUUCUCCUACAGUUUCAGCAUUAUGCCCAAAAAUCACACAAAAACCUCUCACCAGACAUGACAGACCACAGGUGAAAGUCAACAUAUCACAAGAAGUCAAUGUUUGAAACUGAAAUUAAUAAGAAGAUUGCUUUACUGAAGAGCAAAAUAUGAAAUGUACCGGUUGAACAUAUCUCAUAUUCCUGUAAGAUAACAUUCAUACAGUUAAAAAUCCUUGCAAGGGGAACUGUACAGUCAGAACGUUUGCAUGCACAGUUAGGUAGAGCCAUGGUUAUAGCUUGGUUACACGAUUUAACUGGAACACGUCCUUGUCCCAAUUUACACAGGCAACAGGCAAGCACAGGCAAGAAUCGAAUUAUUAAGAAGCAUGCCUGCCUCAGUUACUAUUGAGUGGUCUCCUAUUACAUAUAAAAGCAAAUGACAAACCCCGUCAGUAAGAAGUUAAUGGGAUUUACAUGGAACAAUUUAUCAUACUGACUGUUAACUAAUGUAGAAUGUAAACAGAAGCGUUUUGGCCACAGUGUCAAAACGCUGAGGUGACAUGCCAACCCUUUUUAACUUAUAUUUAGAUCAUCCCGAAUGCUGCCCAUGAUCAUUUAUUAGCAAGGUGGGUUAAAUGUCUUGGCAUAGACUGUGUAUACUAUGGACAACUUGGUUCCGCCUUCCGCCAUUAUACAAAUUUGAAGCCAAAUUCGCCAAUGCGUCGUACGCAUUUCACCGACUGCACAGUAGCAUUGUACGCAUUUGGUGGGAGUGUCGCUAUGAUGAUGCUCAGCUCAAACAGCGUAACCCCCAGGUGAGCUAUGUAAACUUCGUACGCGCAUAGGCUGUAUCAAGUGUCAAUCAUAGAAAACAUGAACCCCCUAAUAACUUGUAAAAAUGGAGCUGUACAGAAAAAAAGAGGACUUGAGCACAAACCAGUCUUACAGUAACUACAUGUCAACAUCACAACAGGGGGAGAAAAAAUUAUACUCUGUGUAAUAAAUUUGUAAAGUUUGUCCACAGCUCCAUAGGGAUUGCUGGAGGAGGCAGGAUUUAUGACCUAUACAGCAGCCUGUCACCAGAGGGUGCUGUUCAAGGCUUCACCUUGUGAGGAGGCAGAUGGCAGCCAUUCUAUAUACAGUCUAUGGUCUAGCCCAAAGACACAACGGAAAGACUAGCGAUAAGGGAGAAUUGAACCGCCAACCUUCCAGUUACUGGAUGUCCGCUCUACCUCCUGAGCUACUGCCGCUUUGACUGAUUUAUACUCUAGUAUUAAACACAACUGGGGGCUAAAACAGGCAAACUUGCAGAAGGAGCAGGCCCUGUUAAAAAUUUGACUAUGCUGCUUGAUUUGCUCAUGGCAGUUGAGUGCUAGUAUUUGGAGACUUCAAAAUAACACUGUUCUUUAGGGGUAUGAGAUAGUUGAUGACAAAGUUGGCCAGAUCCUUAUUUACCUUCACUGUAGAUAAGGAUUGGUGGAUAUCCUGGCCUCUGUAAGUAAAAGACAGUGGAAGUAGGAUUAUUGUCCCCAAUUUAAAGUGAGGUUCUUAGAGGUGUGGCUCCCAGAAAGAUGAUCACUAAGUCUUGGGUUUUUGGUCUAGACUUAAAAUACUUGUACUAUGUCUGGUUAAUUCUGUACCUGUCUGUGUGCUACAUACAGGCCAAACUGAGUCCUUUCCAAAUAGAGGAUUUCUUACUCCUCUGCCAAACAGCUUGUGUUUGUUUAAGGUCAGCGCCAAUGUGGAUCUCAAGUUAAAUCUGACCACAGGCAACAACAUAGAGUUGCUCUUUUUGAUAAGAUAACCACACAGAUAGCUACAGACCUAAAAACUAGCAUUUAAAGUGAACAUCAGACAUCAGCUGACAGAGUAAGUACAAAGCCAAGAGGUUGUUAAUAGGAUUCCUACCUAAAGAUUAUGUGUGUAACUUACACACAUGCACACGCUUCCAUUCUGUUCCCAGAGUACCUAGAACAGAUUUGAAAUGUAAAUCCUUUCUGUGAAAAACAGCAGGAGUGGCUAUAGAGAGGACUCAGCAGAAUAUCUGUGAAUGUGUUGAGGAAAAGUAGUAGAGUCUUUACAUCUUUAUAUCCAGACAGUGUCCGUUUGGAUCCAUGCACUGAUUUGAGAGCAGAGUCAAGCUUGAUUUUGCCAUUAAGUGCCAUAUGUGUUCGACAUUCUCAGUUGUGGUUUUGUGAUGCAUUGACCUCUCUAAAGAUUUUAUAUAGCCAACAACACAUACCAAGAAAUUCAAUGAUACAAAACUCACCAUUCAGGAUUAGAUGUUGCGCACUUUCACCACUAAGUCAUCUUUAUACAAACCAUGCCAAGCUAGUUGUCAUAAAUGCACAAAGAAUUUCCCAGUCAGAUUCUUCUUAAAAUCUUUGGUGCAAAAAAUUUAUCCUGUAGUGAGUCUACAACUGACAAAGAAAAGAACAUUCAGACUCUUCACAUGACAAUUUAAAAUCAGUGAAAACUUAAAAUGAAGAAAGACUUCUAACUUACAAACUUUUUUAUUUCAAAGUUUCUUCAGGGCAAGCUGUACAAAUUAGCCAGGGACAGUUUGAAAACUUGUAUGAUCUACACAAAGUUUAAAAAACGCCUCGAGGUAAAAAGCGUCCAGUCAAGUUAUCCUCGAGGGCUUCAUGAAGGGAUUGUAAAAUCAAAAGACAAAUUCUUUUAUUUUGACAAAUGCUAACAAUAAUUCAAAACUCUUUCAGCGCACGAAGCCACAUGCAGGAGCUCUGGGAAAAAAAGAGCAGAACUUGGCUUAAUGCAGACCACAAGGAAGGAAUUAUUAAGUAUUUUUUAGCCCUCCACAUUGUACACACAGACAUGGACAUGUACAUACACAAACCCACACAUAAUCCCAUCAUUUUCAACUACUUACAGUAACUGAAUUUUUGCUCCCUCUCGCACACACUCACAGGCGCACAAAUAGAAUCCUAUCAGCGUAAACUACUUAACCUCCUCAAACACACUCAGCUCCUUUAUUUGUGCUGGUGUUUGAAUCCAAGCCAAAAGCCACUUACUGUUCAACGGAAGGAAGCUUUGCACUUUACAGAGGAAUACAUAGUUUUUAUAGAAAUGACUGAAAAAUGAUUCAGCCUGUCUUCCCUUAAGUUGUGAUUCUUAGUUUGCCACGUUAUCAAUAGUGAUCUUGUAUAGCUGCUUCUCUUUAAUUAUUUCUCCGAUAGAAAUCACCCGGGCCAUCAGAUUAGAUAACACAUGCAGUAAGAGUCCAUUUAUUUCAGCGCUGUUAGUCUCGUCACUAAUCAAUGGCUUCUGUUACGACUGAUAAAAGCACACAAUCACAGAUGGAUGGCAAAAGUACCACUGAACUGUGCAGACACCUAAUCCAAAUUUCACAUAUAUCUUACAAAAAUGGUUAUGCAGUGUCUUCUAACAAAGUCGUCACCUAGAAAAUAAAACUUACAGGGAUAUUCUGGCGUAAAUUUAAAUUAUGGUCAAACACACUUGACACCAAGUUAGACACCCCCUCGAGAGAUGGAUGUUGCAGACUGCUUGCCUCUCUAGUUAUACUAACUUCAGCAACAACCGCACGAUAGCAAUACUCAGCGGUCUACGUCUCCAUGCACAAACCUCUACCAAAAUGCCACUCUAUAGCCACAAAUAAUGCUCAGAACAGCACCUAACUCCAUCUACAGUACAUAUAGGGUCCCAGCCAUAGCACUAGCCAUCAAACAUCUUUUUAGCUUUUGACUAAACACAACUCACACACUCUCCUCCAGCAGCCGCUUGUUUGUGGGGGAGCCCUGACGAGUUAAUCACCAAGUGCAGCAGAUCAUUUCCAUGAAGUAAUAAUCAUCAUCAUAAUCAUUUUGCACUGCAGACACGGUAGUUCUUCUGCCUUAGCGUCUUGGUCUCAUUGCAUUUCCAUGAAGUAAUAAUCAUAAAUGUUCUUCCUUGAGCUGUGAAACUCUGCUGCUCUGGAUGAUCAACUCAGGUUUGUGCAUGGAGACAUAGACCGCUGUGUAUUGCUAUUGUGUGGUCGUUGCUGACGUUAGUUAUAACUAGAGAAGCAAGCAGUUGGCAAGAUUCAAAUCUCAAGGGGGUGUCUAACUCGGUGUUAUGGUGUGUUCGAUCCUAACUUAAUUAAUUUUACCCUGGAAUAAUCCUCUAAAUAUGUCCAAACAUGACAGAUUUCUGCCAGAGGGGAUCUCUAACUCCAUUGUUCUCAUUAUUCCACAAAUAAUCACAGAGUAUGUAUCAAACACUUGACAGUAACUAUUAGAUUUGAUCUUCAUUCACUGACAAGUUAUGAUUUCAGGGGAUGUUGAUGUUGUUUUACAGCAGCUACUCAAACAAGACUGCUAGCAGUGUCUGCACAAAUAAUCUGUUCAUUCUUUAAUGAGUCUCAUGAGCCCAAAUGACAUCAAUUGGCCCUGAUUAAUCGACUUGAUCUGCAGUAUAGUAUGUACUUAAGUUUAGUUAAUGCUUACGUAAAAUAUGAGUCCUCAUGAUGCUGUCAAAUAAUGCAGAAUUUUGUAUUACAGCUAAAAAGGUCUGUCUCUGGGCCCUGCUGCCAUCAUCCCCUCUGUCCUUACCUGCACUCCAUUAUGUAGUACUUUUGAUAAAGCCACCCAAAUAACAUAGCAGUCAUUUCCAGAGGUUUCAGUUGGGAACUCAGGUGAUAGACUGCAGGAUAACAUCAGCAGAAUGAGCUGCCUGAAACAACAUUUCUGACAUGAGAUGUCACACUGCAACCAAAGCCUUUCUGGAGAGGCAAGACAGCAGAUGUCUCUCUCUGAACUCACACAGAUUACGCAAGUCUUAUUUGCAUGUGGUUGUGUGUAGUUCAGGAAAAUUACAGGUCAUACUUAGAUAGUGUUCAUGUAGGGAUGUGUAAUUGAAAAAUUAUACUUGGGCCGCCUGUCCAGGUAUCAACAAAAUAUGAGAAAUGCCCCCUUAGUUCAUCUCUUCUCAUCACCUUUAUCAUAUUAUUUCUCCGUGUCCUAACAAAUGGUAGUCUAAAGUGCUUUACUCAACAAUAAUUCAGAGGAACUAGGCCGAAAGAAAAAUGCCUGGAUUUUCUCAAGAAUCUUGCCUAAGACUGAUGUCAUGGACAAGAUAUAACACCCUUAAAGGGAUAUUUCAUUGUAAAUUUAAGUUAUGGUCAAACACAUCCUAACCCCCCCCCCCCCCGAAAGAUGAAUGUUGGCCUGGUUUCUUUAGCAAACAGACCAAAUACAACUCACCCACCCUCCUCCAGCAGCUGCUUGUUUGUGGGGAAGCCCUGACGAGUCGAUCACAGAGUGUAGCAGAGUUUCGCAGCUCAAGAAAGCACAUUUAUGAUUAUUACUUUAUGGAAAUGCAAUCAGACCAAGACGCUAAGGCAGAAGAACUACCACAUCUGCCGUGCAAAAUGAUUUUUAUGAUGGUUAUUACUUCAUGGAAAUUAUUUGCUGCACUCUUUGAUCGAUUCAUUAGGGCUCCAACAAACAAGCAGCUGCCGGAGGAGAGUAGGUGAGUUGUAUUUGGUCUCUUUGCUUAAGAAACCAGAAAAAGCUAAAAAGAUGUUUGAUGGCUAGUACUAUGGCUGGGACCCUAUAUGUACUGUUGAUGAAGUUAGGUGCUGUUCUGGCUUUUUGGUUGAGGUUUGCAUGUGAAGAUGUAGACCGAUGUGUAUUGCUAUCUUGUGGUCGUUACUUAAGUUGGUAUAACUAGAAAAGCAAGCAGUCGGCAACAUCCAUCUCUCGAGGUGGUGUCUAACCCGGUAUUACAGUGUGUUUGACCAUAACUUAAAUUUACACCAGAAUAUCCCUUUAAGUCUUCACUGACAAUAAAUUGAUGUGAAGAUAAUGCUGCUCUUACCCUUAAUAAAGUGUUCUAGUUACCUCAAAACUUUCAAGUAAACUUUUCGAACCAAGUCCACAGUGUUUCUCCAACAUUUACCAAGUGCAAGGUUGUUUCUCUGUCUUUGUACUGUGCUGUUUGCUUCCUGCUGUCAUUUGUUCUCAGGGGGUGUACUGAAAGUGAAAAGUUCCCAGUGCCGGUUUUCUUAAAGUGAAUUCUCAGUCCCUGAAGUGAGUGGAUGCACUCAGGCACUCUGGUGAAAAAAUUGAAAGCCUUUGUUCAGAUGGUUAUUUCAUGGUGAAUUUUUACAUCAUGGGCAGUGCAUGUCAAAACAGCUGAGUGCAUGAACACAAACAAACAGAUCCAAAACUUGUUACUCGCUUAAAUCUUAGCUUGCCUACAAAACAAGUAUUUGAAUGCAAAAAGGGAUGCAUCUGUGCCAUCAACCACAUUAUAAUAGUAUCAAAACUAUCCUUUUGUUUUUGGGGAUGGUUUAUUUAUACGCCUACAAAGUUGAUAAAAAUGAAUCGUGCAACUUUGUUUCCCACAUGUCAGACUCAACAGUUUUGUCAGCGCUGGGUAGACAGCCUAUAUUUCACCAGAUAAAAAUCCUCCAAAUUUAAACUCCACCUACAAGCUAAUAAGAUGGAAAUCAUGGCUAUUUAUUUUAGAUGAAUGACUCUGGUGGUUUUCGUGCUGCAGUUUACUGAGCAGUUUGUUUUAUCUAAUACUGUGUAAUUGAAUUGUAAAACCAAGUUUUCCAUUUGCUCUCACCCUCAGUCUCUCUCCGCUUUUUAAAACAGACUGGAGGAAAUGGCAAUGUUUACACUCUGAUGUAUUUCAAGAAUGUGCCAAAAGCACCAGUAAAUACAAUUAGACUUUAGUCAAUUUACAGCAGCCCCAAAAGACCAAACAACACUAAAACACUCAGCAAAAAACAAAGAGAAUUCCAGCCUUCCUCGCUUUGCAAAAUCAAUACCCAAAUGCUAGAUUAGAUUUCUGGGCAGUCACAUGCUUUGGACUGCAGAGGGUAAUUUGAACACAGUUGAAUAAUAUAAUUAUAGAUCACCAUCCUGCUCACACAUCUAAAUCUGAGACUGGAGCUGUUGAUGUUCAUCAUAUGAUUAACAGUCUGUAGUUUCAGUUCUCAGAAACUCUUUUCAAUCUGGCUGAUUAAUGUAGUAGGAAAAGCUUUAACUAGGUUAAUCUGGUACCCAGGGAGCUGCGUUUUGAUAGAGUUACACAAACUUAACUGGGUUAGCUUUUUUUUUUCUACCUCUUCACUUCUCUCCUCGCCUCUGUAUCUGUUCUCUGCUUUUUUAAAGAAACAGUCCUUGUUACUUUGGGUCCACAGGGACCUCAAAGUGGGUUAACGCGCAGGUCAUCCUAUUGAUACAGUCUUGAAAGAUUACUCUUUGUCUGUUGCUCUCCACGUGCAAUACUUACAAGACACUCUCACUGAAUAGAUAAGUGGAAACAGAGCAUCGAGGCGUCAGACUGAUAUUCCUGAUACUGACAGGGGAACUUUAUUUACAGUCGUGUUGGGUGUCAGACAGCUUCAAGUUGAGAAAUGGGCAUUCAGAGGAGAGUUGCACGAUUUUGGCCAUCCAUCCAUCCAUCCAUCCAUCCAUUUUCUAUACCACUUAUCCCUUUCAGGGUCGUGGGUGAACUGGAGGCUUUCCAACUGUCAUUGGGUGAGAGGCGGGAUGCACCCUGAAUUGGUCGCCAGUCAAUUGCAGGGCUAUGAUUUUGGCCAAAAAUAUAAUCCAGAUUUUUUUUCUCUGAAAAACGUCACUUGAAUAAUAAGUUCUUUUUAAAAGGAAACCACUGAUAAUGAUGUGGUGCAUAUGCGAAGCCAGUAAGUUGCGCUGUAAUACUGCCAAGGAAAUGCGCAAAAGACAGAAGAAGAGUACAGAGCAUGCAUAUAAAGGUUGUUUUGGGCGUACACGCGCAGCCGCCAUAAGAGUUAAGCUGUGUGUCACAUAAUUGUUUCAAGAAAGAAGCAGAUAGGCUUCCAUACAGAACUGAAAUGGUAGUCGUUUACAUAUUUAUGCACUCUCUGACCCAUUUUCAAAAAGUACCGUUUACAGUCACCCGAAACGCCGUUUUUGUGUGGAUGAAACGCCUAUAUGACAAAAAACUUUUAUGUUUUUUUCGUUAGGAUUGGUUGAUACCACCUUCAGACAGACUUUGCAGCAGGGAGUGGUUUGCUCUUCAUCCAAAACUGCGAAGCCGUACCAGUUCCACACAGCUGACUUGCUCUUGCCCCUUUUAGCCACGAAAUUAACACCUCCUUUGCAAACGCCAUGUUUGUUUACACUGGUGUGUGUGGGAACUAGGGAUCUCUCCCGCAGGAAGGGGGACCCUACGGUGGCCUGGAGGCGUGAGACAUGAUAUAAAGGAAAAUUGAUUUGAUGAUUUUAAUUAUUUUUACAUUGUCAUGAUUAAAUAAACUGAUUACGAUUUAACAUCAAUUAAUCGUGAAGCCCUAAUUCAGAUACUAAUGUAAAGAACCACAACACUGGAAAUGUUGAUGAAUAUACAGGUGUGAUCCACCAGGUACCACAAAGAGACUAAGGGCUCUUUUUUCGUGCCUCGCUGGAGACAUGCUGCAGGCGCGACGUAAGUAAAGUCUGCCGGGCCGACAAGGCGUUCCCAAGCACAAUUUGGUAUUUUGGUGAGCGGUGCAGCAGGGUGUAAGUAUCCCCCUUCCCUAACUCAGCUUUCUUUCAUACAUGUUGGCAUAUAAAAUAAAUUUGGCUCACAAAACUGAAUAUUUUAAUAUCCGUAUGUAGGCAUAAAGUAAAUAACUCAUCUGAGCACUGAAACAAAUCAUCUGUUCAGCCACUGCAGCAGCAGCUGCAGCAGGACGUGGAGAGGACAAGGACACAUGUCCAGGCCGAGCCGCAUGAAAAAUAAGAGGAAGAGGAAGAAAGAAUUAAAUAUCUUGUUAACUUCAUCAUGUGUGUCUAUUUACUAGAUAUUUAAUUUAAUUUAAUGCGGUUUCAGCUGUGUUGAUUCGGUCAGGUUGAGUAUCCAAACGCGUGCCAGAUGCGCUCAUCAGAUCAGAUAUAUAUCAGAAUAUAUCUAUAUAGAUCUAAAAGUAUGUGCUGACUCAGAUUAAUAGUUGUUGUUGAUUAGUUUUUGCACUGAAAUGUGCCUGACACUGUGGAAACCUGCUGGUGAGGCAUCGGCGAUGUAUGCCGAUAUGCCGCCGUUCUACCAAAAUACCACUAGACCAGCUGCGCUCCGCCUGCGCUGAAAGCUGACCAGGUUUGAAUUGGCGAGCUUUCAGCGCACUUUACACGCUGGCGGCGAGCACGAAAAUGUCACUGCGCUUGCUGAUUCUGUCGACACCUCCCCCUGCCACGCCACCACGCCCAGCUUGGCGGACCUCGGUGCGCCUCAGUCCACGAAAAUACCAAACUGGCUGUGCGCUGGGCUCCACCAGACGUAAAAACCACUGCGCGGGGUCCGUCACUGUCCGCCGCGUCACCGGCGGACACGAAAAUAGAGCCCUAAGGCUUACAUUUUUGUGCAACUCUGAACCUUGACCCAUAGGGUUUGUCUGCUGCACAAGCCCUUGCUGCUGUAAAACUGCAACUGCAAUGUUAUCAGCUGUAACCAUCCUUCUUACAAUGUUUUUUCACUGAUAGGCAGUGUAAGGCCAAGAGCUGCCAGUCAUUUUGGCCAUAAAAACAUCAGUUUGCUGAAAAGAUGAGAAGUCACGUGGUUCUAACUUGAACUGGAACAGCAUUUACCAUCAUCCCUGCCAUUGGGUUGCAGACUUUCUUUUUCAAAUUCACCCUUGUAUCAAACUGCACAACAUGACCAGCCUGUGAGCAAGUGCUGAGCUAUGAAUUGAAAAUUUAUCCAGACUUACAUUCAGCACAUUUCACCCACAUAGGCUUGCCCACAUUAGAUAUUGUGUUUUAAAUGUUCUUUUGAAGACGGUGUAAGAUGCAAAGAAAGGAAACUUCUGGACAUCUGGAGGCUAAAAUGUGAAACAUGUUUAUAGGUUGAAAUACAUGUUGUGUUUUAUACAGACAGCGACGAGCGUUAACAGUUGUUUGUGUUUCUUUUACAAGCUCUGAUGUACUUUGAUAUACCGUACAAUAUUACCUCUAUUGAACCACCACCAUUGAAGCCACUGAGAGGUCCAGAACUCUGAGGCUUUAUUAGUGUUUUGAAAAAGGCAGUUAUUUGCUAUGAUCAGGUUGUGGUCACUUAUUUCUUUGCAUGACUUUGUUUUGUAACAGAUUGAUCAGCAGCAGCACAAUGCUUCUGUCUCACCCACACUCAGGUUUGAGUGAACUUUGCCUUGGUCAUGUGCACAGUCUGUGUUUGUCACUGAAACUUUAUGUCAAAGUUCACAAAAUCAAGAUUCUGAUAAAAUGAAACAGAUAUAUCCCCUCUUUAUUGCAUGGACUGACAUUAUGUGCCACAGAAAUAAUUCACAGUCUGCAUUAUGAUUGGGUUUACUUUGUUUACUCUCUCAUAAAUGCACAAAAAGAAAAGUCCUGUCCUUUUAAACUACACCACAAUUACUUAACUGUGUUUGGUGUCUUGUUUUAAGCCUUUUACUAUAGGAAAAUGUAAAAUCUUGAGAUAUUGCAGGAACAAAAAUUUGUUUCAUAUACUGAUUUCAAAAGGUGUUAUUUGCUAAUUCAAAUAGGUUUAAAGCAGAGUUUAUCAUUUUACAGUUGCUGAAUUGCUUGCAAAAGCAUAUCAUUAUGCAUAUGAGUGUGUGUAUGUGGCGGGGAGGGGGUCCUUCAACUAUUUCAAAAUCAAAAAGUUUCAAAAAGUUGUGCACUCUUUCAUUAGGAAAUAUACCCUAACUUUAAUAGCUGUUAAAAUAUACAGCACAAACUUGCUUUACAUAAAUUAUGAGAGCAAGAAAAACAAAAUCCUUCAUUAAGAGUAAUCAAGGUGUAGAGUUAAAUUAACAGUGACAGAUUUGAGGCUGUAUGCACAGUUUCUCUUACCAUCCAUCCAACCUAAUUAUUUGAUGUGUGGUUGGGUCAGAGCUUUCUUUGGGUGAACAAACAAGAUGGCUGUUGCUGAUAUGCGUCAGUAUUGUACAUCUACUACAUGAAGCAGGGAUGUAAGGGCUGGCUUCUAAAUGGAUGUUGGAGGGUUUAUCCCAUAGUUUUGCCCAGCAGCUUACACAUCCCACAUCCCACAUUUUGAUGAUCAAGUUUUGAUCUGCCCUCGAUGAUGUUGUCCCCCAGAAUAAAAAAAAAAAACAUGGAACUGAGAAAGCAGUUUUAGCACAGAAACAACAGAGAAAAGAUUGACUCUUGUCUCAGGAUACAGCUCAGCCAAACAAAACGCAUUGUAUUAAUAUAAUCAUUUGCAUCACGCUGUGAGUAACUAUAAUCUGAUCACAUGCUACUGGGUAUACAACUUGAAUGCUUUUCCACACACCAGCAGGAUGUGUCACAAAUUCUGUAAUGUUUAACUUCGAAAGAUAUUUAUUGAUGUGUACUGCCAUGUGCAGAGUGAUUUGUGUUGUGAUUAUUAGACUGGACGAAGGGCUGCAUAAACAUAAAUCGUUAGCUGUAUGUGUGUGUGUACUUGAAAUGGUGGUGUGUCAUUGCACAAAGAGGAAAUAACAUUUGUCACUGCCCCAGGUUGCCCCUGAAGAAAAGCAACUUCUAACUCUAUGUCAGCCUGUAGGGUAUAAUCUAGCUGUUUUAUCUACUUUUACUGUUGUGCAGUAUUUCAUUGUUGAUGUAGAAACCCUCUUAAGUCUGUUUGGGAGAUGAAGUGUGCUUGUAUACCUGUCCAUUGUGAGUGACUGUGUGGGGGUGAAUUUGUUGACCACAUUCCAGUCAAAAUGGGACUCAGUUGCAUCUUGUGUAAAGGCUUCUUUAGCCCACAUCAGGAUUUUGUAGGCCUGAAUGAAAGAAUGAAUGUUCUGAUUGUUAUUUAUGUAUAGUAAAAGAUAUCAUAUAAUUUGAGCCUGUUUUAAACAGUCUUGUCAAUGCAGGUAUAUUUAUUCUGCCUCAGCAUUGUGAGUAAUGGAUGGGAUGAUGAGACAGUGAAAGUUUUUGACCAGCUGACUGAAAAAGAAGAUUGUUUGCAGUUGGAGAGACAAUGAGAUAUUGAAGCUUCAUGUUACUUAUAAGGAAGGGCAAAAAAAUAUCGUUUAGGAUAUAUUGUGGGAAAAAUCCUCCAUGAUAAAUGUGAUAAAUGCAAGUUGAUGACGCAAGCGCGAGCGACAGACUUGCAGCCUUAACAAACCAACAUGGCUGAAGGUAAUGAAGAAGACGUUUCUAAGCAGCUUGUUACUGAAGGAGGCUCCACAUGAGGGAUUUCCUUCAAGAUCUGGGCUUAGAUGACGAACAAAAGAUCUGCUGCUGUUCACUCUGUGCAAUAAGACUUUUCAACAAAUGUCACUGAUGAUGUCACUAGUUUUCUAGUUGUUCUCUAGACAAAAUGAGUCCAAAAUAUAGAUUGGAAUUAUCAUAUUUUUAUUAUUGUUAUCUUUUAUCUUUUAUUGUUAUCACCAGAUUGGCAAAUCGUAUCGUCAUGAAUUUAUUGGCCUAUAUCGCCCAUCCCUAGUUCUUCACCCAGAGAAUGAGAUCAAAUGCCAUGUGAACUGUGUACCCUCAGUGAUAAGAUUGACCUUUUUUAUUUUAAGCAGAAAUUUUUAAGAGUCUGAAACUGCUUUGAGAGGGUGGGUGUCAGCUGAGCUGCUGAAUGUACAGCUCCGUUUUUACCAUUUCCACAUAAAGUUUUCACAUUAAAUGAUAAAUUUUACUGUCAAGUCAGCAAAUUUCUUUCUUUUUUCGUCAGAGGACAUUACUCAAGCUUGUAGAGGACAAGAUAAGUAAAGACCACAGGGGAUGCCAAAAUUGACACAAGUUCCUCGCAGGAGCUUUAAUAACACUGUGCUCUCUAGCAUUUAAAGCGGAAAGAUGCAGCAGAGUUGCCUGACAUCAUUAGUUGGGUAUAGAUCAGUCAACAAUGAAACCACUGCAUGAAAAAAGCUACAUUGACAAAAUGUUAAUGUGGAAUAAGAAUAGGAGCAACGUUUGUCUCUUAGCUCAUUAAUUUCUAAGGUAGUGGGCGAUCAUAAAACUCUGGUUCUUGAUACUGAACCCCAUCUAUAAAACUUCUGUAUGCUUACUGCGCUACAUAACAUUCAUUGAAUUGGUUAUGGGUCACGUCUCAUUUACUACCAGGCCCCGUCUCUCCAGUAUGCCUUUCAGUCUGGUAUGAAAAAUUAAAAUAAUGUCCCAUAUUAUUUAAUGCACAUCCCGCUGAUGCAUAAAAUACAUUCGCAUAUACUUUGACAGAGCUGAAAAGUCUUUCAAGAUACAACAGAGAAGCAAAUUGCCAGUGAAUAUCAAAUAUGGCUGCUGCUGUGAAGAGCUUUUGGUUUCUGUCAGUUUUACUGUGACCAUAAUGGUUCUUUAUAUCUCUUUGCUCUUAUGUUUAAGCUAUGAGUUGAGCAAAAACUGCUUCCCUGCUGCAGUCAAACAUAUCUCUUACAGUGAAUCUCUGCUGUUGAAAAUACAAAGAAAGGCUGGCAAUGUGCAGUUAAUCUCAUCAGCUGAUACCGACCCUGUGCAGCUGCUAAAAAUAAUUAUAUAGCUAUAGUUAAUCCUCUCUUUAAUGGUCUUUUCUGCUUUGAUGGGUCCGACAAAGUCAUCUGUAUUAACUUUGGUCUGAUACAGCUGAAAACCUUUCCUAAAGAGUUUAACAUCAGGCCUUCCUAAGACAGAGAGUAGGUGGUCCAGAGCCCACUAUCAAAUGAAUGUAGAUAAUACCAUCUUUAAAUGUGGCCGCAUGGUGUCUAGGUUGCAUUCAUUUCAACUGUCCAUUGUGAUCGCAGAGGACACAUUCAUACGGGGUCUAAACGAAGCUUAUUUGUCACAACUAUCACAGUCCUCCCUUAUCCAGAUGGGUAUUAGGUAGGCAGACAGAGCCAUCCAUCACACAGUUUAACUGCCAUCUGGGAGUUUUGUCUUGCAGGCUUGCUAUACCGUCUUUAAAUGUCCUCUCAUCACCUGGGAGCACAUGUACAGACAGCCAUCAAAUCACUUUCACUUCACAGAAAACCAGAUUCAGAGCCAUGAAAGUGCUCCAUCCUGGAGCUCUGUCUAGAAGGCAGUUGACGUAGCUGAUGCUAUUUUGGUAGCAGCUCUACAGUUGCAAUCAUUACCAGCACUAUGCUCACUGAUCUGAGUUAUAUGACCAGAAAUGUCAUGUCACUGAUUUGGUUACCUUCUUCUGCACUGUUUCUUUUACUUAAUACCGACUCACUGAAUAAUCUGCUGGUUCUGUUCCUCAAGUUUAGAAAAAUUCAGCGUCUUUUACUUUCUGUAUGUCUCUCUAUUGUAUGGUAACACAGAUUGGAACAGCUCCCUGAGCUGCUGUCUGUCAAAGUGUUCAUCUCAUCUGUCUCCUAGAAACCCUCUCAUCUCUUUUUCUCUGCUCACACUCUCAUCUCUCUCUGGGGUGAGAAAAAGAACCCAAGGGAGAGAGUCAGGUAAAACAGUGGGAUGCCUCCUGCUCUCUUUUCAAGAACUGAGUAAGGCUGAGGCCUAGUUAAUCAACUUUCCUUCACACCAAAAAUACUCCACCCUCUCAGAACCUCCACCUGACUUGAAUUUGAGAUGUUAAAAUUGGUAGACAGUGACUGAGGACACUUGGCUGACAUUGUUAAAGCAGACACUUGGCUUACUUUGUUAAAGCGGUUUACCUGUCCAGCAGAAAGGUUCCAUAAGAUCCCGAACCAUUCCCCAUCAUUGAUGCUUCACUGAUGUUGACCUGGCUUUUUAGCUCUUGUCCGGUCUGCCUCCUUUUUAAGCACCUGUUGUUCUGCCAGAUUCUCCCGUAUUUACUUCUUUUUCUUGCUUGUGUUGGCAGUUGUGGCCAAGGAAGACAAUUUGGUAUACUAUCCGAUAUUGUAGCACGCUAAUUUUAUUUGGGCUCAUGCACGUUAUUUGAGUACGUGAAGCGUGCCUCACAACAGGAGGGAGCAACGUCCUCCUCACAUCCAAUCAGGUCGGGGGUUGGAGAACAGCUUUGUUUACAUGUUGACUACACAGGCAUAAUAGAACACAGCGAUAUCGUGAUAUUCCCAAAUGUCAUCAAUAGGUAUUGACUGAUAUCAAAAGCUUUUUUGUAUAUUCUCCACAAAAAAUGUUGCUUCUUUAACGGAUUCCUGCCUACCCCACCUUUAAGACAGGUUGUAGUCAAGGGACUGUGUCCACUUACAGCAGUUUUUGCAGUGGGAGUGCCUGUUUCCUGAGGUCGUCAGCAUCCAUAGUCCUAAAUGCAAAGUGUUGAUGCGCUCACAGAAAUCUUAGUUGAAAAUACUUCACUGGUACUAAGUAGUUAGUUGAGUAACUUUUCAACUUUAGUUCCUGAAACCAAAUGUCAGCUUUUGAAAAGUUUGGAAAGACAUAAAUGUGACCCCUGAAUAAUGGUGUAAGACCUAGAUCACUUUUAGGAGCUACUGGGGUCUUGAUAAUGAACUGUUAUGAAGUUCAGGUUAGUAAAUCUAUUCUGAUCAGCUUAGCUUUUUUCUAGGUUUUGCUGCAGUAAUCAGUGGCACGGGACACAAUACACUUGCUGUAAGUCAUCACAUCUGGUGCUGAUGGCCAGUCAAUCAAAUCUCAUAGGUCAGACCAGAGUUGGGAGUGUACAAGAAGGGUGUGUGAGACAAACAGAGAAGAGGAGAGUUACAGAGACUUAGAGAGAAGAAAGACGUGAGACAGUGAGAAGUAGACAGAACCUGGUGAAAACCGAGCUUUAGAUUGAACAGGCUGUUUUAUGUUGAUUCUUCACACAGAUAGCUCAGCUCAUGUAGACCAUGUAAUAUCAUUAUAUUCAUCACUUCCUUUGACUUCAUAGAUGAAACCCUUACUGAUAAAUCGAUGCAUUAAUUCCUUUUCUCACUUGCUUCACUAAACCCAUUUGUUGACUGCAGCCUCGUCCCUGUUAGGAAACAAGCAUUGUGUGUUUUUUGCUUUGAUUAGGUUAUUAAAAUAAUGUUAGACAGGCUCUGGUGUUGAGUUCAGCAAUUUGCCUGAGGUGCAGAAAAUGUUUUGGCGAAUCCUCUGUUCAGACUGGUCUUUGAAAAAUGUUCUUUGUUCAGCACUUACACCAAACAAUGUUGACUUCACCUUGUCAGCUUUGGAUAUUCUCUUGCCAGCCAAUACCGCUCCUGGCAAUGAGAACUUACUCUUAGUAAUUACAGUGAUUAAAUCUAAAGCGGCUUUACUCUUUACAGGUGCAGGUUUUAUGUCGUGGCGAGCUCAAAGGAAAGCUGACAAAUGAUAAUCAACUUGUAUAAAUACUGAAUGUGAUUGAUUUUUUUUUUUUUUAGAUUGAAGGGAUUUCACAUGGGUUUUUUUUUUGGCCAGGAUUUGUCUACUCUAAAGGCACUUUCAUGCUCUGAGUUAUGCCUCUGUGGGUGUACGUGCAUUCUGCUGAGUGUGACACAACAACAGCUGUGCCGCCAACACAAGUUUAGCUUAUUAUUCCAGCAGGGUGACAAGACUUCUAAGAUGUCCAAUACAAUAAAAAAGCAGCAAUACUCCAUCAAACACUUCCUUGCACUCUAUGUUCACAGACUCAGUGUACUACUUUGAGGUGUCUUGUAAAGGAAAAUAAGAAAAUUCCAUUUUACUUUGGUUAACAAACAAACAUUUGAGUCCACACUGAAGGUAACUUUUUGUCUCUCAGCUUGUGUUAAAGAUUUGCACACAUUCAUUCUAAAUGGCACAAAAUGGUCAUAACAUCAUACCCUUGGACACAUGAAUUUCUUGGUAAUUUCAGGACAUUAAGGUCCUGAUAUUUUUAGUUUUCCUUCCAAACAUGCACGUUACAGCAGGAAAUUAUCUGUUUAAGAUGCACUCACAGAACAACUCCCUAUUUUCUUCAAGUGAGGAGGGUGGCUAGGUAGCCUAUGCAAAAAGAGGGGGAGGUGUCUUCUGAGAUGAUGAUGGGUUUUCAGAUAUCGAUGCAACAUGUAGCUGUUUCCACAACAGAAUGAGGAGGAGAGUGAAUUAUAAUAAACUGCCAAACGAUGAGGGCACUAAAGAGUAUUAACUGGUCAAACUUCACCCAACUUAAUCCACCAUCUGCUCGGUGGUAGCAGCUGCAUUCACUCAUAAUCUUAUGAUGACUUGUACUUUGCGUUUUACAAAGAGGCUGGCAGGGAAAAGUCUGAAUAAUUUCAGGAUGUCCACUUUUAUUCCCAUUCAUCUCACUCUGGUAAUGGCAGGAAAUUUUGAGGGAAUGCAUUACAUGUAGGACGAAAGAAUCCUCUUGCUGCUCUCUGACCUUUUUCAGUGUGGUUUGUGUUUUUUUCUUUUUCCAUUCAGCACACUUACAACUGCCCGAUUGCAUCUGCUUGUACAAAGUAAUCUCAAAGACAGAGGGAGGAAAGAAAAGAGCAUCACGAUGACUUCUCACCGUCGGUGUGUAUGGCAGAUAAGAUACAGAUAGACUAACCAAGUUCGCACUGUUUAUGGAUCACGGGCUGGCAUACCUUCUGCUAUCACUAUCAGGGGAAUGUGUCAUAUAGCACCCAAAGACCUCAGGGUGUUAGAGAGGCAGGCCUACCCACAGAGUUAGCAUCAGGGCUGAAUUCCAAAGCAGUGUCAUCCUCGCCUCCCCGUGUUUCGAUGGAUAGCCUCUGCAGCAGUAGCAGCUGGCACUAGGCCUCAGGACGAAGGACUCUCCCUCUCGUCUUCCCUUUUGUAUUCCUCUCGCCUCUCUCAGGACUGAAGACUAAUGGAGGAAAAGGGAGGGAGGCAAAGCACCAAGACACUAGCAGGGCUGGCAAGUGGAUGAAAGGAAGGAGAGAAAAGUAGCUGGUUCACGCUUUCUGAUUAUAACCUAAAUGACACGACAUGGUAUAAAUGCAGACAUGCAAUCUGUGUUCUCUGGCAGUCUUUUUUUUUUCCACCACCUUUGACUAAGAGCUGGAAAACUUAAUGUGUUGCUGUUAGUCAGUUUAAUCCUACACGUCUUGCAAUGAAACAUUAAACAGUCACUCAGCCAAAACACCCAUCAGUUACAGUCAUUGACCCUGUUAAGCUUUCUGCUUUUGCACACAUGCUUUCCAUCCAGAAUUGAAAAAGGUCAUGUGAUCUCAAACAGCUAAAGACAAAAGCAGGCUCCACCUCUCUGGCAGCUGAUUGCCUGUUGUUUACUACGGCUGAAACGAGCUUAGCACACUCUUUUAUUUGUAGUACUACCACAAUAGUACUCUUUCUAAGUAAGCUAACUUUAGCUCAGUGAGCUGGUUAGAACUGUUACCAAAUCUCUGUGAAAUUUCCUCAAGUGACUUUUGGUUUGGGAACCCUGACUUUAACAACUGGAUGUUUUUUUUCUGAUAGUUUUAGAUGAUUUUUAAACUAUGAUACCAAGUGCUCCUGUAAAAAGAUUUUGAUAGGUCAUGAAACUGACUGCGAAAAAUGAUGCGUCUCUAAGCUUUAAAAAAAAAAAAGUAAUGUAAUGGGGUCAUAGAUGACAAGCUCAACAAUUUCUACAGUAUUAUUUUAAUGCCUACAACUGCUGUGAGGGGUUAGGUUUUCUACACAUCAAUUGUUCACAUUUACUGUGAGUGAUAAAUAUCACUGUGCUGAGUGGACAUGGACAUAAACCAUCCAGUCAAUUUCAAAAUAGAACACAGUGUACAGGCUUUGAACUGUCUAUCAACAGACAAGAAAUUCUGGCAGUAGACUGACAUGACACCCACUAUCCCACAGUUUUAGCCAUUGAAAAUUAUAAGAGAGGAAGAGCAUCAUUUUCAAUUUCAAUCAUUUCUACAACCAUUUAAAACUUCUCAUUGGGGCUUUAAAAACUGCUUUAAAGGUCAGACAACAAGAGAAAGUGCUUUAUAUAUACUGUCCAUUCACUAUUACUAUACAGGCGUGGUUACCCUGAGUGCAUUAGUUAACUUUAUAGUGUUCUAGCAAGCCUUGAAAAAGAAUAGUAAAACUAUUAAAAGGAAAAAGGAAUACAUUGUAAGGCUUGUGAAUGUGUUUUAUGAAGCACACAUUUACAAGCCAGUAUCCUCUCAUUUAAAUGUCUUAUUAACACCCAGGCAGAUCUGUUUACAAUAUCUGGCAGGGAAAAUAAAAGAUGAGAAAAACAGAACCAAAUGAAAAGCUCCUACAUAUACAAAUUUGACCGAUCACUCAGCAUCAGUUUUAACUUCUCCAGUUGUAGUUUUGUGUGCUUUUAGUCAACUGGCGUUUCCACUUUCUCUUACUCUAAAGAUUCAGUCCUUUUUUGUGCUGCAAGUUGAUGGAGGUUUUGAAAAAGUGAAUGAAAUAUUUUCCACAGUUACUUUUAGCUCCAGAUGGUCUUGGUGCAGCAUUUGUGAGUGCUUUUAUCACCACCCUCAAAGCAGAUUUUCACCUGAAUUUUGCUGACAGCAGUUUCUGAAACACAACAAGGAUAAUAAAUACUAAAUGCUCUAGUUUCUAAAUAACAACAUGCCAGUCGGGAUUUCACUCUCACUGUGGAACACAGUUUCUGAAAUAGCAGCCUUUGACUGUAUGAACAGAUAGAAUAGAUCUGUUACAAAGCAAUGGGAAUGACCAGUCUAUUUCUUACUGCAAAGGUUAGUGUGAGUCAUACAUUUAACAACAACACAAGAAUUGCAAGAAAGUUUGUUUCAGUAACUGAGGUUGACUUUUUCUUAGGCACUGUUGGUUUAUGAUAAACAUACAUACAAACUUACAACAAUAAACCAUCCUCAGCUCAUGGGAUGUAUAGCCCAGUAAAAUGUCCAUACUUUGCUUAUAAAAUAUUUCAUUUGUGGAGGGUUUUAUACACAGCUCUCUAUAUAAGCACCUGCUGAAUGACUGACAAUAGGAAGAGGAGUUAUAGGAAGGAGGAUGAUAAAAGUUGGGUGAGAGGAAAUUGAGCAGAGAGAUGAAAGCGGUAGAAGAGGUGAUUGUUUCUGGUGAUAGGCCACUUCACUGCUACCUUUAUCCAGCUGUCCAGAAAGAAUUAUUGUUAGUGCUCUUUAAGUGUGGCCAUUUUUUCCCCAUGAUUGGACAAAUGUGAUGCCAUUGUAUUCACAUACAGGAUGUAAAGACUCAUAAAUCGAAAGAGAGAGAGAGAGAGAGAGAGAGAGAGAGAUGAGUGAACAUGUAAAGAAGUCCUUUUCACUCCAAAGUAAUGGCUUGGUGGUCAAGUAUAUAUUGUUUGCAAUCAGGUUUAAGACUGUGAGAGGCAGUAAAGAAAGAAGGAAAUGAAUCAAUAGACAAAACUAAGUGGUAGGACAUGAUGAGACAGAGAGAAGAGGCAACCAGACAGAUGACCUAGAGUUACAUGGAAACUUUUAGGACAACUUCAAUGAUUAUUGACCAUGGCCAAAGAAAGGACCGAUGGAAAGUGGGAAAAAGGGAUAUCAUCAAUGUGAAAUGACUGAAACAGAAAGCUCAUCACUGUUAAAAGGAAAUGGGAAGACAUUAAAGUGUAUACCCAGCUGUGGAAAGUCAGUUCCUUAAUCACUUUUAUUUUAUUCAAUCUUUUUCCAAGGACUCCAUACCUAAUUAUUUUUUGAUGAAUUAAUUAAAAACUAUAAUUGUAUCACAUGAAAAGUAAUUAAGAAGUAUGAGGAUUUCCUCUCAUUUGGCCUCAGCUGAACUCAACACAUUUCACUUCUCUGCUCUUCUUCAUUUAGUUUCAUCAACAGCUCUGCACUCCCAUUAUCCAGUGGUCAGGUUUUCAUGUGAACACUGGAACCAGUAUAACCCAAUAAGCUUGUGAACACCCAAAGUGAAAGUCAGGUUGUUGAGCAUAAUACUGCCACCAGAAAAUAGUUAACAAAUCUUGAAACCUCUGCAUGUAAAGUAGUGGUGGGAGAAAAAAUCGAUACAGCAUAGUAUCGCAAUAUCUGGUGAUAUAUCGUAUCGUCUAAUUUACCAGGUGUCGACUUUUCAAAUUAGUUGUUAAUAUGAAGUCAAAUCUAUGAUAAUGGAAAAAUAAAAUCAACUGUUUGUCCUGUGAGGUUGGCAGAGGUGACAUCAUAGAGCAGGAGAAAGUUACAACAAAUAAAUAAAAUGCAAAUACAGCGUAAAUAAGACAAACAUAAAGGAAAGAAAAAUUUCAAAUUAGCUAAACAGUUGAAAAAUUGUAUAAAUCCCAGUAUAUUGUAUCGCAGUACUCACUGUAUUGCAAAAUGUCAAGAAUCGCAAUAAUGCUGUAUCGUGGCCCAAGUAUCGUGAUAAUAUCGUAUUGUGGGGCCACUGGUGAUUCCCACCCCUAAUGCCCAGGGUGCUGUUAACAAUAGUAAAUGCUUUUCAUCCCUGGUCCAAUUGUCAAUUUAAGCACAUUUGAGUAUGAUUGGCUAUCAUUGACAGGCAAAAUGAAUUACUCUGAAUAACUCUUUACAGCAGUACCUGUCAGUGAGUGGGAUACGUUCGGCAGUAAGUGAACAUUUUGACUUGAAGGUUGACGUUUUAAAAGCAGGAUAAUGGGCAAAGGUAAUGGUGUGAACAACUUUGACAAGGGCUAAACUGUAAUGGUUCAAUGACAUGUCAACACAUGUCAACAACUGAAUCUCUAGUAGAAUGUUCCCAGUCUGCAGUCCAGUACCUGCUGUAAGAAAAGUGGUGCAAGGAGGGAAAACUAGUGAACCAGCAACAAGGUCAUGGGCAGCCAAGGCUGAUUGAUGCACAUGGGGAAGGCUGGUUUGAUCCACUGCAGCUCAAACUGCUGAAAAAUGCUUGUUGCAUAGAAAGGUGUCAUUACACUCAGUGUAUCACUGUUUGCUGUUUAUGAGGCUGCCGUAAACCAGUCAGGGUGUCCAUGUUGUUCCAUAUCCAUCCCUGAAAGCAUCCACAAAGAGAACAGGAAGUGGUGGACUGUGACUGUUUCCAACAGCCUGUUCAUAAUGCUGAUAGUUAGAGAGCAGGGCGGCUGAUGGCACAGUUUACCUGGGAUAUGCUUGACACAACCAAGAAAGGUUUUGUCUGCAUGAUUAAAUGUCCUAAAAAGACUGGAAUUGAAACUGAUGCCUCCUUGUGACUUAAGACAGCAAACAAGAUCACCAGCAACAAGAAUAUUACAUUCUACAUCCCAAUUUCUAAUGACUAGUGGCAGAUAUCACAACACCUGAUUUACAGCAUUCCAGCCUUUCUUUACAUUUUCUACCACAAAUACUCACACAUUUGAUUGUUAAUGGACAGCAGGUCAAAAUAAUUAUGAUUUUAUGUAAUCAUCCCCCUGAAGGCAAAAAUAAUUAUGCCUAUAAUUAUGAUAAAACACACACAAAUUGAAAGUUCCUCUCAACAGCUUCCAAUACUGGCCAGUCAUUAAGGAUGAAAACAAACAUCAUUAAAAAAACAUUGAGAAUAUGCAAAUAUCCCACGAUGCAUACAUCCACAGCACUUGAGCUCUGCUGGUAGUAGGCAGAAUAUCGAAAUGGAAACAAGAGGUAGCACUAACAUGGCUAAAUAGAAGGAACACUUUGUAUGUUUACAUGUUCAAAGAAUGGAUUUAUUGCAUUCUCACUGAAACUGAACUGAAACUGGCCUAAAUAAUCCGUCCAUACUCCAGUGUUUCCUUUAAGCCAGAGGUUAAAUAGCAUAGAAACAUUGUUUGGAGGCCGUGUAGUAAACAAAACCUCAGUAGAAGAAAAGACAUUCACAAAACUUUCCCAUUGUACGUUUUCGAUACAUAAUAUAUUAGCUUGGAGACAACCAAGCAUGAACCUCCAGUCUUGAGAAAUGAAGCUGAUGUGUCAGUGCUGAAAACUGCAGUUCUUGCCUGCCCUAUGAAGCACACUCAGCUAGGGCUGUAACUAACGACUAUUUGAAUAGUCGACUAGUCACCGACUAUUGAAACGAUUAGUUGACUAACUGGAUAAUUACGGGCCUUCUCCUCAAAUGUUCGUGCAUCACCGACAUGAUAUGCAAGAUAUGCUUUGCAAACCUUGCAAGUUUUUUUUUUUUUUCGCCUUAUUUAGGCUAAAGUGCUCCCACACUUGGGAGGAUUUUAAGUGCAUACUCGUAGCUGCUGUAUGGGACGCCGGCACUGCCCUGUUUGGAUGCCCUACCGCUGGGCGGAGACGCUGUUGUGCAUGUGUAACUCUAUGCAGAGAUCAUAAUGAAGUAAAAUGCCUAACUCCACUGGAAAAAAACACAUAUGGCGACAAUAGUUGACAAUAGAAUUCAUUGACUUUUUUCAUCAUCGAUUUUUGUCGACAGCGUCGACUAAUCAUCGCAGCCCUACACUCAGCCAAAAGAAGCUAGAUUUUAGAGCAAAAAUAACACAUUUACAGCCUGUUUCAAAAAAUAGUUUUGGUCUUGAUAACUCAGAACUGUAAAGGAACAAUUUAAUGACUUAUGUGACAAAUUUGUUUCAAAGUUAUUAAGCUCUUAAGAUUGGCAAAUCAGAGGCAUGGCUGUCUAAAGUGGCAGACAGGCACACUGUAGCUAUCUGUGAAAAGGCGUAAGGCUGGCCUCUGGUAGGCUGACUAAAAGUUGGUUUGACCAAUUACAUUUUUCCCCAUUGCUUAUACACUGGAACAAGUAGCUAUUGUAGUCUAGUUAAGUUGCCUAAUGAAGCUUUAAUUGUAGCUCGAUAUAGCUGUGUCUGUAAACAUACUGACUGGUGGGGCUGCCUGCAGUGUCUCAAGAUACAAUUUGAUCAUUUUAUUGAUAAACCUCAUGAGCGCAGCCAUUGGCCAUUGCAGAUUAUUUAUAAUGGCAAUCAUCGGCCCAAAUACUUGGUCUACUUCUGGUACAAAAGCGUCGGCAUCAGACCUGGUUCAAGGGAAAAAGGUAGCCAGAGGAAAAAAUAGUUGAAGGUGAUGACCUUUGCUGUCCAGUUGAGCGUCAGUGGGUUGUGGACAACCAGGUCAGAUCCAUGGAGGCCCCAUCUUACAACUUACAGGAUUAAAGGAUUUGCUGUUAACAUGUGCAAGAUUCUGGACAGGACUGGCUCGACCUUGGGAGAAUGUGACCUAAACGGUGUAAGGCAGGUGGUUAUAUUACAGCUGACUGGUGUAAUCAGUAAUUUAUCUGUUUGAACUGAUUAACUACUCCAGUAAAGCAAGCUUUCUGUGUGUGUGUGUGUGUGGGGUGUGUGUGACCUGCAUUGUAAAAUGCUUUGUAAUUAUAGGUAACAUGAAAAAAGUAAUAAUGAGGCAGGCUGUUGAGGUUUCCUUACAACCGAGCACCAGUUUCACACCAGUUUUACUGCAUGUGUGAAAUAACUUAAAUUGCGGAUCUACUUCGACCGGAUAUACCGGGCGUACCACUUCAUUUUUAUGCCAUUGAGUAAUUCUAACAGGGGCUGCUUUCUUUGCUCACAGGUUUUGGCUUUUGUCCUCCAGUUGUCUUGCCUGCUGUCCCUUGUUGGAAUCACUGUGGAUUGAGUGGGAUCUUUCUGUAAGUACACAACACCCAGUUAUAGAGAUGCUGCUGUUUUUUGAUACACUGACUAAAUCCAUGAAUGUGGCAUGUUGCACAGAAACUUGAGUUGCAGUUGACAAGUGCAAAGACUUGCUUGCUUUGACGAGGUUUUGUGCAAAGAUAAAAACAACAAUAUGGGGUUUAAAUGAUGUAUCUGUGUGAGGGUGGCACACCACACACAAAACACCUUAUGGAGAGGAAUGAUGAAAGCAUGAUUUGUGAUUUGAAUAUUUAUGAAUAUUACCCCCUGUUUCUUUCCUGUGUAAGACUGGAGGUGCUCCAUUAGCUCUGCUCAUUUUUGUCCCCCACUCAUUACUAUUUUAAUAAAAGUGUAACUGGACUGUAAAAUGUUGCCUGAGAAACAGGAAACCGGUGAAGUGCAAAAUAAAGAAAAGACCAUUAGUGCCCUGUUUGGUUCUCAUUAGGUGUAUUUGUUGUUCCUUGUGUUUUGUUACCUUUGAUGAGGCAAUCCAAAAUGAGUCAUGAUGCAACCAUUUAUAAACACCCCAGCAGCAGAUCACAGUAGUGCAAUACUUCACCUUCGUAUGUGUGAAUAUUUUACCGUAUUUCCCAUUUGUGAUUAACAAUUAAUAAUUAGAGCUAAUUAAAUUUAAUGAAGGUCUCAAAAGGCAUGCAGGUGUUUUGGGAUGCAGUUCUUUUUUUUCUGCCCAGGCUUUGAGGAUAUUGCUUUGCUUUAUUUAUGGAUGGUAUGCAGAGACACAAAAAUUAAAAAUCCAUUACUGCAGACUCAGGGCUGCUGUCCACACACACAGAGGACUGAGCUGGAAAACCGCAGGGACUCAUAACCUCAUCUAGUCUGCAAGGGCCAGCCAGUAAUUUUUAGCGUUGCAGUAUGUUGGUAGGGGAGAUAGAGGAACCAUCCCUGAAGCAAAAAACAUAUAUUAUUUUUAUGACUAGACAUCUGUUAACCAGCAAACAUUGUCUACUAUUCUUUUUUUUAGUGUGCCAGCUGUCCUUACAUCAAGGUGUAAUUAUGUUCAGUAAAUGGGGCGUUUUCUCUGACUAAAAGUCUCCUGCUUAGCAUGAGGUCUUAAUUAAAGUGUAGUGAUCAAAUCUCUCCUGUUUCCAGCCUUGUAGGUCUAAUGUGUGUUUCUCUUCAUGAAUUGGCUUCAGGCUAGUAGCUAAAACUCAUCUCAGAAAAACAUUUCCUAGAUGAUAACAUUAUUGCAAGUGUAUUAGAACAGAUCGGCGCAAUAAUUUAGUUCAUGGCUCUACAUUUGAACUGUAAGGGGUCUCAAAGCAAUUUUCACUGUUUCCGAGGGGCGACUUUGGGGUGAACAAGGUGGAUACAGGAAAUGCCUAAUUGGUGUGUUUUUUUUGUCACAAACAUGCUGCACAGUUAAUUAUAUUUCAGUCCUGGCACUGUCACAAUCAUAUAAACACAAUUGACAGGGGUUAUUUACAAUGUCUGCAGCACUCGUAGAAAACAAACAAACAAAACUAAAAUAAAUAAACUGAGGGUGCAGGAAAAGAUCUGCAUAGGGCAGGCCUAAUAAAAGGGGAUCAAAUGUGUGUUAGUAAAGCAGAGAGACAUAGUGAGCAUCGAGAAUUUUGCAGCAGUGUUUAAAAGUGUUCAAAAGUGUCAGAAAGUGAAUGAUUGCAAGGAUCAACAGUGUAGAAGCCUACAGCAUGAUGAAAUUUGAAAACAAACGUUAUGUUCAAGUUUGAGGCCAAAAGUGUGAGUGAAAAAAAAGUGUGCUAGUUCAGCUAAAUCACUUUCUAGUAACACAUGAAAAUUCCCCAUUACAUGUAAAACUCUUAAAAUCAUCUAAUAGAAGUAAUUUCUUAUUUAAAGACUUACUAAGAUGAAAAUGAUGUUUUGCUUGUUGUCUACAUGUUCAUGUGGCAUUUUUCUGAUACUACAGGAUGUAUCAUGAGAAAACUAAGUGUGAAAUUGCAUUUCUGAGUAUUUCCACAGUCAAAUCGUUGUGAACCUCUGACAGACCCAAACAGCAGGUUCAGAUACUGUGAGAUUUCCUACGUCACAUAUCCAAGCUCGGCCCCCAGAGCCCCACUAUGCAGGCCACACAUGGAAAAGUAGCGGAUUGCAAUGCUCUUAAGAAAGCUAAUUAUGAUUUUAACUUUCAUCGUUUCCCCAAAGACAUUAGUGUCUCAGAGCUAAAUAGCUCCUAUGUUACCUGCCACUUCUGCUGCACCGACAUGAAGCAUGAAGAGCGGUGUGCAGAGCAGUGCUGUCUCCGCCCAUGACUCAGAGGAGAAUUGCUAAUGAGCUGCUGGAGCUCUGCAGAAGAGAAGUCCUUGAAAAUGACACAGGUAACGUGAUUUUGGCUAAAAACGUCAUAAUCACAACUCAAAGACCACUGAGAACACUUUAAGUUGUAAAACAAAAAUAAAGUCUGAGUGGGACUUUAAGUUAAGCUUUGAUGCUAUACUUGGGGCUACUGUAAGCCAAAAAUGCUACAGCUGAUUCUUUUGUCCCAGUCCAGCUCUGACUGUAGGUGAGACUACUGUAGGUGAUUUUAGAUUACAAUAAACGGUAAAAACAAAAAAGUCCCUGAAAUGUAUUAUUGUUAUAGGUCAUUGUGGUCUUAAUAUUGAUCAACAUGAUCAACAGCCAGUGAGUGGAACGAUUGAGCAACCUCCUGGAUUGCAUCAUAAACUAUCAACCAGAACUCCACUCAGCAGUCGAUAUAAAUCGUAAUAAAAGACCCUUGUAGUAAACCAGAGUGAAGUGUCUGUGAAACUUUUUAUUUACAGCGAAACACAGGGGUUCUUUUGAGGCACCCUGUGGACUUUUACAGCGGUUUAAAAAAGACUGAAACUCCUCUGUUGGCACAUGCUGGCAGUUGGCAGAUCUUUUUGACCUUCAAAAAAAACAAGACUAUCGGCCAAAAGCCUGUCAAUUUUACUCCUCUUAAUUUUAAAUGCCCGAAACCACUGAGAGAGGGGAUGUGUCAGACAGGAUGAUUGACAUCAGGCUGAAAAGGUUGUUUUCUUUACUUUUCCUGCAACAAAUACUCUCAGCGGGUGAAAUAUUGUACUGUUAAAAGACAGAGAGGUUUGAGACCAAAAACACUACUUUCACAUGCAUAGGACAGAGGAGAAGAGGGAUAACUUUUCCCAAAAUUCACAUACAGCAAAAAUUCCAGUUGUGAAUUGGUCUGUAAAUGCUGAUUAGUGACUCUGAGAAGUAAGUGAGCCAUUGUUCUCAGAUAAAUACUUUAUCGCCAUCGCUAAGCAUUACCAAAAUUAUGUUUAAAGGAAUUUAUUUGUCAAGCUUUGCAACCUGUUCAUACUGCAGAUGUUGGGAUGUAAGGUAGCUGUUGAUCUCUGCAAGAUUGUGUAGCAUGCAGCAUCUGACAAAGAGCCUCCCCUUGGACAAAGUCAAAGUUGUUAUUGAUAAACCAAUUCCACACUUUGUGGUUUUUUGAGGUCUAGAAACAUGAAAGCAGGGAAGAACAAAGUAAGAAAUCGCUCUUGAAUUGCUGGGGCUUAUCCACUGAGCUCAAUGCCCUCUCUUAAGUUAUCUGUUAUGUGGAUCUACAAGGCAAAACCUUUUAAGUGUUUCAUUUUAUUAAUUCAUAAGUUAGCAUCUGCUUUAAAAAAAAAACAACAUUUUUGCUUCUAUCAGGUUGUGUUGCCGCAAGUUUUCUUCCAUAGUAAAGGAAAGUAGCUGCAACAAUGCCACAGUUGUCUGCAGAAAGUAAAGUUUUGUUACCUCAAAGCUGCACAGAACAAUGCAGGGUUGGGUUCAGGAGUUGGUCCCUCGCCAGUUGAGAAAACAAAUUUAUGACCCCUUUUGCAACCCAUAGCAGCUCAGCAGGGGAGCAGGCGUUCAGUCCUUCAGAAGUUAGAUCACACAUUUAUUCUCACUCGCCCUCCUUUCCCCGCUUGUCUUACUUUGGCAAAAUCACAGAUAUAAAAUGGGCUUAUACCGCACACCAACACUCUCAUAGUAUUAGAGACUCAUACGCACAAACAGUCAAGCAAUACUCAUUUGAAUUCCUCCAGCAGAAACACGUCUGAUGUGUUUAAUUGGCCACUGGGGAGUUUUUGGACAGACCUUACUUGUUCUCUCCCUCCCUCUAUCUCUCUUUCUCUUUCUCUCUUCCUUUCUAUCUUUGUUUCACAUUCUUCUUUCCCACUGUCUCUUGGAGCCUCCUCCCUCACAUGUAACAUUCAGUCCUCCACCUCUCUCCAUUUGACAGCAGAUUAAAGCUCAAACUCUGAAGACAAAGACUCUUAAUUCAGAUUCACCACCGACAACACCCCUUAGUAUCACGACACCAAAAUGCAAUCAAUUAUAAUCACUUUAUCUAGAAUGACGACUUUUUAAACUCAUUAACUGAGAAAAUUACACUUGGCUUUAACAUAAAUAUAUCACUUGGGAUAUUAUUGAAUAUAUAUGAAUAUUUGAACUGCAAACCUGUUUUGAAGACUCAGAGGUUUGAAUCUCUUGCAAUCUCAGGUUUUAUAAUUCUUGUUCAUAAUAUUCAGGAUGGUUCAGGAUAUAUUCAGGAUAAUAAUAAUACAUUUUAUUUGUAAAGCGCUUUUCAAGGACACAAAGACGCUGUACAUGAAUAAAAGCAAGAACAAUAAAACAUAGAUCAAUAUACAAUAAAAUAUACAUCAAGGGGUGGAGUAGAUCUUGCAGGUAGGGGAGGGCCUGGUUGUGGAGUGCUUUGUGGGUGCGAAGGAGCAUUUUGUACUGAAUGCGAUGGGAGAUGGGCAGCCAGUGAAGGUUCUGGAGGACGGGGGUGAUGUGUUGGUGGGAGCGUGUAUGGGUGAAGAGGCGGGCGGCAGAGUUCUGGAUGAGCUGAAGUUUAUUGAGGAGAAUGGAGGUAGUGCCAUGGAGGAGACUGUUACAAUAAUCUAGAUGGGAUGAAAUGAUUGCAUGUAUGAGGGUUUCAGCUGCAGGGUAGGAGAGGGAGGGGUGGUAGUAGGCUGUUUUGGUGAUUUGCAACAUUACAUGACAAAAUAUUAAAGCGUUCGGUCCACUGUGCAUGGGACAAUACACCCUAAUGGCCAGCAGGUUUUCAGUUUUGUAAUUUAUUCUGUGUCAAGCAUGGCUUUGCUAUCAGCCACAGACUGCGUAUCAGUGGGUGUAGAUGAGAAAUACUUCCUGAUUAUGGAUUUAUCAGUAAACUCAGAACAAUCUGAUGGUCAAUCCCUGAUCCAUGUGGACCCCAACAGGACUUUUAGCUACUAACUCUGUCUGAAGGUAACAGCACAGCAAAAAGGAACAUAGUUUACAUUAUUAAACACGAGUAAAUCUGCAAAAAACGAAACUGUAAAAUCACGUUGUUUUUUCACAUACAGUAGAGGCUCAACAGUCACUGAAUUAUAUCCAAAUUAGCAGGAAAUGGACCACAGAAAGGCAAAAAACAACCUGUUGUGAGCAUAUUGUUUCAUCUGAGCCCAGCUGACUGGGGCUGCACUAUGCUGCUGCUAGCUCCAAAUACGCGUCCUGUGUGUGAUAGACAGAGCUGCUCGACUGAACAGAGACGCAACGCUGACGGAACGCGCUCAAUACGGAUCGUAUUUUUUCGGCUUAACACUUUGCUCGUUGUGUACAAAACACAUACCAAAACUGAACCAAAACUGUGGCCCAAAAACCAAGGUACGGACUGUGCCGUGGGUUACAUGUACCGUUGCACCCCUUGUUCCUGGUACCUCAUGUGCAGUUAAAGCACAUAAAAGCAGGCUAAUAAUAGUGACUAAUCAAUGUAAGCAGUUUAAAGUGUAACACCACUUUUGCUGUUGACUUUGGUCUUCGAGAACAAAGUGUCACCCAUGAACCGUAACGAAUGCCCCCUUGACCUCUGAUAUAAAACAUAAUUUGCAUUUGUUGCUUUAUGUCCUUCCUAUUUUUGUACCUCUCUAUGCUGGAAACACUUCUGUAACAGCAUUUUCCUUCACAUGCAGAGUCCCAUCUGGCGUGAUAAUCUGUGUGACUCUUUGUCAGUUUCUGUGACCUCCGGGAAAAUUACUGUUGCUGUUUUCAUCUACAAUGCAAAAAAGUUUCAGAGUUCUUUUUGUAACCUCUAAGAACCUGAAUUAAGCAGCCCUGCCAAACUGUAUAAUAAAUUCUAAUUAUAAAGUAUGUCCUCAAAGUUUCCAAUGACUCUGAAUGUGUCAGGAUGAAUUUCAGGGGGCGCGUUUGAAAUGACGAUGCUCCAAAUAUUUAUCUGCAGCAUUAAAUUUAGUGUAGAUGUAUUGCCACGUAAAUUGUGUACAGUCUCAUUAAAGUGACACUAAAGUGAAUUUGAUGUCAUAGAAUGUGGAAAAUUUAAAUCUGAGAAGUUUGUAUGAGAGUUUAUUCAAAGUUCAAGGGGUUUCUCGGAAGUUGAAGAUCACACAGCUGAAACAUCAUCUCUGUUGAACAAAAACUGAACUUUCUCACAUAGUUGAAGGUUAUUUCUGUUUUAUGCUGCACUACCUUUAACAAGUGGUAACUGAAUGUAAAUGUUUAUAUCAAUAAUGUCAUAUUUUUUAAAGAGUUUCAGUAUUAUGGAAAAAUGGCACCCAGUCUUACGGUGAUGAUAUAUUUCUCGGUCAACCAUCUUUCGUACAGAGGUCAGGCUUUAAAAUAACAUUCAGGCUGAUGGGCCAAACUAAAAUAAUGCACUCAGCAAAUGCAAAGCCUCAAAUAAUUUAAACCUCCUCUGCCAGGUUCUGGCAAGAGACCAAACUAAUAGACCACAAAACACCCAUAAUUUCUGAGGGAUACUGGCUUCCUGUGUGUGCUAGUUUAUUUGAAAGCCCUUUCAAGUAUCUGUAAAGGUUUUAAUGGAUUGGUUUCUGCAAAGAUUUGUGGCCGCCUGUGAUUUUAUACUUUAGCUGUCCCGCUGUUUGCACCAAACAGUAAAUUGUAAAACCUGCACCAAUUUCUUUUUCCUCUUUUAUGACACAAAACUAAGAGAGUGAGGCAGACACAGUUUGCACUUUGAUCAGGAAGUUGAACGCUUUUUUUCUUGCAAAAGUGUAAUCAUGUUUUUGUUGCCAUCUGCCAUGUUGUAAUGACAGAGUUCCUGUUUUCAGCCUUAAAAGAUUGGGGUGUUUGAUAGUGGUCCUUUCUAAACAAAUUCACUUGUGGGGUUAGGAGGCUGGUUGGCUGUUCCUUGAAAAUAUCUAACCCAUCACAAGCAAAACACAAACACAUAAAGGAGUUAAAAUAACAUUUAACUAUCUAUUUCAAUGUAUUUAUUGCUAUUCCACCAAACAGGGUCCAUGUGCUCUAGCUGGGUGUGCACCUGUGUUGUAAACUUGAGUCCAAUUCAAUGCUGUAAGUUGCAACGUAAAGUUAAACCUUGUGCACCAGUUAUACUAGAGCCUGGUUUAUGUUACUCCUGGAUGGGACUUUUAUGUAGUAGCAGAAGCAGGUAACAUAGCACACUAAUGUCUUUAGGGGCAUGAUGAAAGCUAAUUUCAUAAUUAGCUUUCUUACUAGCAUUGCAAUCUGCUACCACACAAGCUUGUUCCGGGAUUGUUCCGCGAUAAUUACACUUCAACUAAAAAAAAUUAUGUUUUAUCCGAUCACUCGAUUAAUCGAUGGAAUAUUUGGUAGAAUACUCGACUAUAAGAAUAUUCAAUAGCUGCAGCCCUAACCCUUUUUAAAAAAAAACUAUAAAAACAACUAUGGCAGUACAUCUUGUUCACUGGAUGCUUCAUGAAAGUGCAUUAGGAUGACAGAAAAUGAUUGAACACUGCUCUCACAGUAAGCUGGUUUGAAGGUUUUGUCUUACCUAGUAAGCCUUGAUUAAAUCAAUGAAAGCUUUCACCUUGAGUGAGCUAUCACAUGUAUUGGGCUGAAACAGGUCCCUGUCGCUGCCCCAUGGGUACUGAUUACUCUCAGGUUGUGUGCAAUGAAGAGUGUCCGCUUCAAGCUGCCAAUGCUGUCCAGUCCUGUGAAAGGGAGGAUGUUCUCUCCUAAUCUGUCACUGGCUGGGCUGCUAUGAAAUCAGGGUUUUGGAUACAAAACCUCUCAAAUUUGUUGGGCAGUUUUCCAUUCUAUUCAUGGGAUCUAAUGAAGAAAUCGUCGGCAGCUGUCUUCAAAAUAGUAAUGAGCUGUAGUUAUCAGCCAUAACCGGCUCACACUUUGGAUUCCAUUGUUGGGUUACUUACAUUCAAAUAUCAUCAUUUCCAAACAAAGACUGUUAAACAUUCAAAAUAUGUAAUUUAUGUAAGUUUGACAUUCAGCUUUCUCAUUAAGACUUUGUCCUUUUAAUGCACAAGCCAAGACAACAGAACUCCAUUAAAUCGUUUUAACUACAGGAAACGGUAACAAAUGAGUGCGUCUCAAACUUAACCUGUGAUGCUACUCACUUGAUGACUCUGUACAAAAAAUCUUAAGCCCAAAACCAGUGGCUAAAUGUAAGAUAAGAAAAUGCAAAGAUGAUAAGACUCUAUAGAGCUGACAGUUUUUAAGUCUGUCAAAACCAAGACAGGUUUUGACAUAUUUUAGAUAUGCUUGCAGAGUGGGCAUCAUAUGCUUUCUUUUCUUCUCUACUUUACAUGAACAUAUUUGAUGCAAUCCUCCCAUUUUAAUGCUGUUAAUCUGAGAAGUCUUAAUCUCAACACCCCUAAAGGUGCUAGGCCUUAUAUCAGAGCUCCUGAGAUCCUCAAUCAGAUGAAAUCACAGGUUUAAUCAAAUCUGUUCAGUCUAUUCAGCCGUUUAUUCAGGGUCUGUGAUUCUUGCAGCAGUAACCAGGUCAUCCCUCUGACAGUGAUGAGAGGAUGUGGCACUAAUCACUGCUCUUCAAAAAAAUUAUACCUCAUGAACAAACCCUUCAUCAGGAACUUUAGGCAGACUAAUCAGGGAGAGGGAACUUGAAUUUAAAUUGUACAAUGAAGCUUUUUUUGCCAAUUAGAUUCAAAGGUCUAGAUUUUUGCAGUCAUGUUGUGCAAGUGGCUUAGCGACAUAAUUAACCGACAGCAGGAGCAACGGAAUCAUCUUUCUAUAGGAAACAGAUAGAGGGUUUCCAUGGCUACUGCCUUGUUACGGAGCAAGGCUUUCUGCUUGCAGUUUAUAAAAACAGAAACACUUGAAUUUAGAGAUAAAUAACCCAUUAUCUUCUCCUUUGAAUUGUCUGCUCUUUGACUGUGCCUGGGAUUAUUUUCCCGCCUUGCUAUAUUUCAUUUCAUAUUUUCAUUUUCUCUUCACACUGUGUCACUCCAUGUCAGUCAGGACUUUUCUCUCUGUGUUGGCUAUUUGGCAGGUUCUGAUAAAGUCAGGGGUGUUUCUUCUCUGUGAAAUUCAGACAGAGAAAUAAGAUCCAGGUUGCUGCUAAAGGUGUUCGAUUUAGUGCUUGUUGGAGAAAUUGAGGAGUACUUUGGCCAAGGCUCAAAUGUUCUCUGCUGAGAGACUUGUUGGCUUAGGGUCCAGUUCCACCCAAAAUUGGAAUGUUGUGUAAAAUUCUGCUUAAAAACAUGGAUGGUUAAAAGUCAUUUAAAUGCUAUGUUUAAUUGAAAAAAGCACAAAGACUACAUAUCAGUUGUUGAUACCGAAAGAUAUGGUCAUUGUAUGAAAAAUAUAUGCUCAUUUUGAGUUAGAUGCCAGCAACAUGCUUCAAAAAUGUUGGGAUAAGGACAACAAAAUGAUGUGUGAUGCGUCAAAGAAACAACUGAAGGAAUGUCUCCUUAAUAGAUUAAGUCACAUAACAGCAUGAGCAGAAAAAGUCUGCGUUUCCCAGAAGUAAAUAAGAGUAUCAGCACUCUGUGAGAGGAUGGGUGAGCAAAUAGGAUUUCAUCAUCUACAUAUUAUCAAUAACAGAUUCAGAGAAUCCCUGCACAUAAGGAAUAGGACCAAAGACACUAAACUAUUGCUGUGAUCUUAGGGCACUUAUGCAGAAUUACAUCAUAAACAGACAUAGGGCUGAAACGAUUCCUCGAUUACCUCAAUUACCUCAAUUACAAAAAAUGAUUGAGGAAUUUUCUCUGCCUUGAGUACUUGUUUAUUAACUUAAAUCGUCACUGUUUCACACUGAUUAUUUUCAAGGUGACACAACACCCGCUUAUGUACCAAGGUAGGAGGAGUAAGUGCGGUUUUGGUUUUGGUUUUGGUUUUGCGUAGCAGAAAAAAAUGAAUGAUGAGAGGGGCUUUUCUUCUGCAGAGCUCCAGUAGUUCAUUAGCAAUUCACCUCUGAGUCGUAGGCGGAGACAGCGCUGCUCUGCACACUCCUCUUCAUGUUAGCUUGCAGCCUAACAUUGCCGGUGUAGUAGCAGAAGCAGGUAACAUACAAGCUAUUCAGCUCUCGGACACUAAUGUCUUUAGGGCCCUUUAACCAAAAAAUGUAUGUUUUCUCCGAUUACUCGAUUGUGAGUAAUAGUGUAAUGAAGACUUGAUUACUAAAAUAUUCGAUAGCUGCAGCCCUAAACAGACAUGACUCUGUCGUGGAAAUCACUGCAUGGGCUCAAAAUCAUUUCGGUAAAUCAUCUUUUAACACACUUUGUCUAAGCAUCUAGAAAUGCAAGUUAAGGCGGUGCUCUUGUAAGGGGUAGCCCCACUCCUUGAACACAGUGUAAAAAAAAAAAGACUAUUUAGCACACAUACUGUGUACUCUUUGGUUGUUGUUGAAACUGAAUGGGCUCUGAAAGGCAUCAUACUCAGACAGAAAGGUUUAAUGGACUGUUGUACUUUGAUACAUGCAAAAACUAUGCUAUUCUAUGGUGUUGUUCCACUGUUCCACAGCAUUUACCUGCAUUAUUGAUGCACUUAGAGACAGAGAGAACAGAUUUUGUUUAAUCAAACAAAAUACGCAGAGCAAAAAGAGACAAAAGGGGAGAGGUUGGGAGAGACUGCAGAAUGAGAAGGUGCAGCCAAAGUGAAAAUGAGAUGAAUCUGUCACAAAAAUAUAAAUCACAUUAUGGGACAGUCCACCCUGAAACCUCCGUCAAUGAUUAAUGUUGAUGGCAGUGUUGGUCCAUGCUGGAUAAAUUUGCAGUAAAGCAUUGCCAUUACCACAUAGCAGAAACAGCCACACAGCCGGGAUACAAAGAGGACACCGAGGGAGGGAGGGGGGAGUAAGGAGAGACAAAGCAGGAAGAGGAUAUGUGCGAGAGUGUGUUGGGGGAGAUAUCGGGCACCUGUAACAACGAAAAUGGCUGCAUUUUAUUGUUUCUGUCUGGUGCCAUCUGCAGCGGUGAUUGAAAUGGAAAGAGAGCGAGGGUUGAUGGAGGGGAACUGUGAAAAACAAUGGCAAAUGAGACAGCAAGGUUCGGGUGAAAUAAUGGAAGAAAGCAAAGAGAGAGGAGUGAUGGAAAAAUAUUAGAACCAGUUUAAACCUUUUAAAAAGAAAUCAGUGAGUUCAACUGCUUUUCAGAGACACUCCUGCAAGGAUGGAUGCAGGGAAGAGAACAAUAGGGACUAGAUUUCUGGGAGUAGAGUCUCACAGUGGGCGCUGUGCACCUGUAAUGUCGGCAUCAAGCCUUUAUCAUCAUAAACACACUCCAGUUAUUGUCCUGAUUAGAGAUUUGGAUGAAUGAGGUGGCAAAAAAAUAAUCAAAUAAAUGGAAACAGCAGGAGAUGCAGGAAAAAGCAGGAGGUAGGGGAACAGAUUAUAAGGGGGUGAUUGGGCAAAGUAAUUGAAAACGCUCGGUACAACUAUGACAGCUGCUAAUAACAGAUGCUUCUGCUGCAGGAUUGUGCUGAUGCUUUAUUUUAACUGCGAUUAUCAGAGAAAAUAAAGGACAGGGAAAGGAGAAAUCUCAGACAUAGGUCCACCAGAUCAGGAUUUGACUUAUUCUGGCUCAUUAUUGGCAGGCUGCUGACUGUGUGCUUGGUGACAGCAACAGUUAAGGUGAGUAAUUAGAGUAAUGAAAAAUGGUCAUAAAACCUGGAAGAGGGUGACAUAAAUACAGGGGUAUGCACUCAAACACAUAGACUAACUAAAACAUAAAUUGAUUUGUUAGUAGAAGUAGCUUAAGUCAAGGCCUGUGUCAAAAGCUGCAAUGCAGUGAGGAGUCCAAAAUUCCUACAGGUUAUCACAGUAACCUCUGCUUCAUCUUGAUUUACCAACAAAGGGCUUCCCCAGGUUUUGAAGGGAUCCCCAGUGGUCUGGCCUCAGUCAUGCGAAAAAGAGGUCUGGUUUUUCAGCAGCCUUUUGUCUUCCACAAUGAAGCUCUUCAGCAGUGACACACAAUCUGUAUCAUUGUUGUGCAAUUAGUUCAUUUUGGUUUAAUUUUUUUCAUGUGAUUUGUUGACAUGAAGAAAAUAAUCAGGACAUAUUUGUUUACAUAAUUCAUGCCAGCAAGACUGGGCAAUAAAUCAAAAUGUUAUGGUUAUCAUGUUAUGAGCAUUUGACACAUUGUGAAAACCUGAAUUUACUGCAAUAAUAAAAUUUAAUUUUAUAAAUAAACAAGCCAUGGUGUUCCGGUCAACAUAAUCACAUUUUACCAUGCUCAAUGUGAAGGCCUGGGUUUAACGGCAUCUUUUAUGUAGUUUUAAUGCAGUCAGAUUAAACUCCAGUUAGUGAUUAAUUAUCCUCAGAUCAGCUGGUAUCAAUCGAAAAACAAAAAACUCUUUUUGGAUUUGUUUUGGAUUCAGAAGGAACAUGCUUGAUAGAGGGGGGAAGGGAGAAAAAAUUGAUACAGCAUAGUAUUGCGAUAUUUUGUCUGGUGAGUUAUUGUCUCAUAGACCAAGUAUCGAUUAAUUGCUAAUAUGAAGUCAAAUCUAUGAUAGUGGAAAAAUAAAAUCAACUGUUUGUCCAGUGAGGUUGGCAGAGGUGACAUCAUAGAGCAGGAGAAAGUUAGUACAACAAAUAUCUCAGCAACUGGAGGGCAUUGCAAAAUGUUAAAAAUCGCAAAAAUAUCACCAGUGGGGCCACUCGUGAUUCCCACCCCUAAUACUUGACAUGAUAGUAUGCACUUGUUAAUAUAAUUAUCAGACUAUUGGACACUAUUAUCACCCGUUAAAUAUUCUUCUCAUCACGUGCUGUCCUACUGGUCAACGGCUAGGUUGUAAGAACAUUUUCAAACUUUUAAAUUAAAACAGUUUUAGCCCCUACUUUAAAAAGUUUCCAUUUUAAUCGCUUGCAAUUGGCCUGUCAAUAUACCAGUGGAUUGCAACUGUUUACAUUAGAGUAUGAAACGUUAAUAAUGGGCCAAACAUACGCACACAAUAAUACUGUGAGUUCAUAGCUACGGUCCUUGAAGCUGGUUAAGGCACAUCAUAAAAUGGUGGAAAGACAAAUAAGCAGCAGCAGUCUCCCUGUGAACUCCAUAAAAGAUGGUUGUGAAUCAUAAAAUUGUUUUAUUUUUGGUUUUACUAGAUUCUAGCUCUCUGUAGUAAACACCCCUCACUAAAGCUACUUUUGUUCUGCGAGCCGUUGAAGUAAUGAAACCCUCCUCCUGGGAUUUUUUUAGAGGACUUUUGCCUGAUUCUUGGGACAAACAAUCUCUUCUGUUUAUUUGCCCAUUAGUAUGGACUAACAGCAGGAUGCUCCUCCUGCUUUCAUCUCUUGAAUUUUCCUCCUAUCCCGUUUGUUUUGGCAUGCUUUGUUUUUCUCUUGUAAACCACAUUGUAUUUCCCCUGCAUACAAAUUGCACUGUAUAAACGAACUUACUUGCUUUGCGCCUUAUCAGGUUAUGGCAUGCAGACCUGGAGCAGAGCUGCCACUUUCCCAGAGCAGGUUUUCAGUGUCAGUAAUAACAAUAGUAAUGGUUCUCAGUGUUCUGCAGCAGGGAACAGAAAUGGGAAGUGAAAUUGCUGUUACAAGUGUCAGACCUGUCUGCUGUCUUGGUACAUGAAACCUAGGUUUUAGACCGACUUGUACCUGAAAGCUGCUUGCAGGAGAAUAGAUUUAUUCUUGAGUUAUUCAUUGUUUUUUUUUUUCAGUUAUUGGACACAGAAUGAAAAGAGAGGUGAGGCUGAGGGGGCCACAGACGAGAACACUCAACAGGAGGCAGACUGAGAGAGGAGAUUGAAAUUUUCCAGCACCUGUUAAGUGGCAUUGUUACAGAAAGGAGACUGGCAGGGGGCUAUUGGGGGAUAAUUGCUAGUUGUUAGUAUUUGAUGAUAUCAAACUUCCAGGAAUAUGGCAGGACAAUAGUUGGAUCUGAAGCAGAAAAUGGAGAAAGCAGAGGUAGUUCAUGUGGAGGAGGUGAUUGACAGUUAAAAGUGGUGAGCUUGAGUUUUGCAGACGGUUGAGGAAAAAAAAAUGAACAGAAUACAAAACACUGAAGUCGAGUUCACAGUCUGCGGCGGGGUGUAUCUAUUGUACCCCACAGGUGAUCUCAUACCUGGUGAAAAAAAUCAAUCAUUUCAGCCGCAGCUUGUGUAAGACACUGCCAAAACCUAUGCAAGACAGAUGUUUCCUUGCAGCAUAGUGAGGUGUAGUCUAUGGGAAGAAAUGAGCAGAACCUGAUUUCACUGACAUCUGCCAGGACUGUAAAGGACAGUUCAGAUAAAACUGGCAGAUAAAGUUGAAAAUGCUGACAGCUGUUUCUGUAAGCAACCAUCAUUGUCAUCACAGAUCUGCAUUUGUCCUUUACUUUCUUUAAAAUGAAAAGAAAUAAGAGUAAAUUCAAUAAAAAAAACCUCUCUGCUGCGUUGGGAGUGUUUCAUAUUUAAACUGAAUGGGCAGAGGCAAGCUUCAUGCUCCAGUUAAUAAUAUCCUUUGGCUCUAAUGACAAAUAGAAGGAAUACAGAAUCUGAAAGUAGUGUAACUGAGUGGAAAAACCAACCAGCUUGUAAAUCUGGGGCUUGUUAGGACUCAGACGACAGCUACAGUAAUGGCACAAGCUCUGUCAGCUCUCUCCUCGUCAGCUUGUGUGAUGGUGUGCAUCCGGCGGCUGUUUGUCAUCGUGGUUUUAUACCCUGUGGACAAACAUCCAGCGACAACAGUUUAAGUAACGAGAAACUACCGGGAUCUCUGAGAAGAGGAGAAAAUGUUUGACUUGGAUGGUUUGAUGUAUAAGUACAGCAAACACAAAGCAGAACAUACAGAGAGAAAGAUGAACAGAGUAGCAGCUCGAAUUAAAGAAAAAGUGCCCAGUUAUUCAGCUUUAGGUCAAGGUUGGGGACUUGGAGGUUUGUGUUGCCGUAACAACCCUACAUUGCCUGCUGGCUGCUAUGACGAUGCGUCAAAAAUAGGUUUGCUAGAAGGGUGGGUUCGUAGGUUAGUAUCAAGAGUGAAGCAGAUCUCCUUCAUGAAGUAAUUACGUAUCGCACCAUCAGACAGAAGUACACAAUGAAGCUAUUGUUUCUUCAACAACACAUGAAAAGAGUCUUUAUGUAAGGUUAUGAUAAUAAUAAUGAUAAUAACUUUAUCUAUAUAGCACCUUUAAAAACAGAUGUUUACAAAGUGCUUUAACAGAAAAAAACAAACUAAGGCAGAAACAGACAAAGGAAAAUUGACAGUUAAAAAAAUGGACGGUUAAAGGUUGGUGGUUGAUGGUUGACUGCAUCACAUCAGGAAGGUGAAAAAGAAGAAGGUGGAUAGUGCACAGAUAAAACAGGAAGAGAAAUAAAUACGUUGAUCAUGUAAAAUAAUGUAAAAUAAGAGUAAUAAUGAAAAGGGAGGGAGUAUAUUAAAAUAUGAGAAAAUAGUAAAAACAGGACUAAAAUAAUAAUAAGAUAAACAAUAUGAAUAACUGACAAGGUUAAACAAGAGGUAUGCAGGCAGUAAAAUAAAUAAAUAAAUAAAUCAUGCAUGAAUCUCUAAACUUUUCAUGAUCCUACAAGUCAAAGAGCAGCUACAUCACAUCUUCACAAGCUGAAGCUAGAAAAAAAAUGAGUGACCUUUAGCAGUUAAAGCAAAGGAGGAGGAUAAUUAGUCCAGCGCAUUAAUACCUGCUGACAAUAAAUCAGUAGCUAAGUAAAGUUAAGUGUGUUCAUAAUUCUACUUAAGGCACUGUGAGCAGUUUUGAGCUGUUUAUGAGACAGACUGAAUUUAAUUCAAAUGCCUUUUCAUGACCUCCAUGAGCAAAAAAAAGACCAUCGAGGAGUUCAUUUGCCUUUUUUAUAUUCCUGGGAACUGUAUUAAAUUCAUUUAACUGCUGCCUCAGUGUCUGUUACACACAAGGUGAUUAACAGUGUGCUGCUGAAAGGAGUUUUAUUCUGAGUUUAAAUCGAAAAGAUUUACAAGAACUGACACGUUUCAUGGGUAAAAGACUACAGGAGAUCAUCUUCUCCCUGAUGUGAAAGACAUGAUCAGGAGAAAGAAAAGAGGUUCAACUUUGGCCACACAAGCUCCACACAAAACUAAAGAUGCUCAAGCUUAAAGGUUAGUAAAAUUAAAGCAAGAGACCAAGUGUUAUAGGAAGACUUUAAGAAGGCAACUAAAUGUGUUUUCAUGAUUGAUCGCUCUGCUGAAUUUUCUAUUAAUUUUAAUGGGCUAAUCAUUUACAGUAAGGGACGUCAGAAUAAAGAGAAAAAAGCACCCUCUCCAGUUUGAGGAGAGUUUGUUUACCCCGAUCACAACUCAAAAUUAAAGACUGCCUUUUACCUACAAAUAAGACCGAGAGUAACAGAGUCACAUGAUGAUUAAAGUCGUUAAUUUGCGAGAAUUAAGUCAUUACUAACUAAAAGAAAGUCAUUACUUACGAGAAUAAAGUCGUAAUAAAAUCAUUAUGAUACUUAUGAUAAAGUGGUGCUGAUAUUCCAAAAGAUCAAGUAUCGCCUUAUUUAGGAAACCUAUAUUGACGUAUAUUUUCACAAAAUGCUUCAUGACUCUCAUUUUAACAACUGUCAUCUUACAUAACAGGUUAGAAUAUAAGGACUUUAUUCUGACUUUAUUCUUGUAAGUAAUGAUUUUAUUUUCUCAUAAGUUAACAACUGUAAUGUCGAAAUCUUAGUAUUUUUUAUUUCUCAAUGUGGCCCUAAUACACUGAAAAAAAAAUCUUUAUCAUGACCAGGCAUGAAAAUAGUUGCCAACUAUAUAUUUUUGCGUAAUUAUUAAAACUUGAAUUAGUUAAUUAGGUCACACACACACGCAUUAAAUCAUUUCGCUGGUGGUUUUAGUUUCUGUUAGUCUGUUUCAUUCGUUGUUAAAAAACAGGAGGAGCUUUAAAGGCUGCUGGAGCAGAUGUAAAAGAUGCAAACAUCAGAGAGUUUGUGAUUUAUAAAAAAGACAAAGUUGCAUCAUAACAGCCUGUUUUUAUUUUCAUUUGGGCUAAUCGUAUGUUUCCUUCAGGCUCCAAUAUGCCUGAGGCAGGUUUAGUCCAGAGUGUGGUGGUUUAAUCAGCCAGAGAUAUCUAUAAAGUAUGAAGCCUACUGGUUACAGUAUUCAUAUCUGUUUACAGUUUGGUACUCCAGUCAGCAGAGGUUUUAAGUUAAACUUAUCUACAAAGCAUGUUUUUGUGGUUGAGCUCAUAACAUUUCCAGGGUGGGAGGGAUCUUCUAUUUCCAAACUAGUUCAACCAUUGUAGUCUAGUACUUUUCCAGAAGUGUGCAGCAGCAGCAGGCAUCAAACCAGCAGGGCACAAGAGAGACUUAAUAGUACGUCAGAAAUCAGAUGAGCUGAGGGUAAGCUUAUUUACAUCUACAAACAUUUCUUUCAUUGAAAUACUGAUGAAGACAAAUUUUGCAACCUGACAGCAGUUUCUGCAGAGCUUUGAAAGCAUCCCCCCACAGAUGCACCAUCAUCUUAUACAACAGCUACCAGAUCUGAGGGCAGUUUGUACAAGAGGUGUGUUUGUUUGCUUAGCAUUCUGCCCCGGAUCUUUCAAUCUGUAUCCUGUCAGCCCACUUCAGCAUUUUUAGUCCAGCGAAGUGCCAGUUGAGGGACUGGUUCAGAAUCAAUCAACAGACACAGAAACGGAACAAAGAAGAGGCUUGUUUCAUGUGUGCCCUUGUCCUUUCUGUGGACAGAGUGGGAAACAAACUGCUCGAGGAUUGGUGAUGAAAACAGGUGAAGAGAUAAAGCAGCUGUAACUGAAACAGCAGCAAAGAGAAAAGGAGCGAGCUCCUGUGGCCGAACAAAAAUAAGAAAGAGGAACAGUUUAAGGUGAGCAAGGAGGACAGGCUGUGAGGGGAGGAAACGAGUUAGAGGAAAAGGAUCAAAGUGCAAAAGGAGAGGAGGAUUCAAGAUGUCAAUAUGGUCAAUGAGGCUAAUGGCAGAAAAUGACAUCCUGUCUUUUAUCUCUUUUUUUUUUGUCUCUACAGGUUUUCCUCGGGACAGGAAGUCAGAUCUCAGGCCAGGCAUGGCUGUCAGACCCAUGAACAGCAAACAAACACAUAGAAACACUCUCACAUGUGUAGAUGAAGUACAACACCAUUGAGAGCAGCUGCUUGUGCCUUAAAAACACACAUAUCCAUAUGCAGGAGGGAUAGUUUCAGAUACAGCGGUGUAAUGUAAAUCAGUGAGUGUGUGCAGGUGACUGAGCAGGUGUUUUAUGAGGCUUCAGAUGAACAUGUGCAUCGCAGACAGCUGGCAUUAAGUGGGAGCUGCAGGGGUCUUACCCUCGGAUUACAGUUUAGGAGAUUAGAGCUAAGCAGCAGUCACCUCUAGCUCACCAAGCUCAUGAAACUUCCACUGCAAGCCAACAGAGCAUACACAGACACACACAUAAACACGCACACACACUGCAGCACAUCUGUAGAACACAAUUAAAUUAGUGCAACUGGCAGACACUGUGCAACCCAAGUUCAACAACAACAAACACACAUUAGGCACAAAGACACAUACACACACAUGGAGUGUGGGCUGCAGGACAGACGCUGCCCCCACCCAUCCUGCGGUCGUCCUCCCAAAGCCAGCUGGAAAGAAGAUGAGAUUUGGGGCUGAUUGGUUUUGUCCUUUUCCCCAUCACAUCCUCUGGGUAUCACUACAUCCACCGCUGUCGCCUUUUUCUUAGCAACUUGUGGACUCUGGAUAGAAAAACCUCAUAAACAUCUUUUCCAUCUGAAGCAGGUCAGGCAAUUGGCUUGUGAUGCUUUGAUUACAUUUCUCAGAGAUAUUUUUACUCGGAUCUUUUUUUUUAUUGUUUUAUCUUUUUGGCCACGGGGCGAAGAAAGAAGACAUCUUUUUAAGCGUUGAUGGACAUCAUUCCAGUCGGAUUUGGCAGGAUCCCUUAACUGCAAAUUGGACGUGGAAGAGGUGUCUGCUCUUAAUCAAAUCAGAGUCAUGAACAUUUGACUACAUCGCCAGGGUGUUUGAUUUUUUCACCUUACGAAGGUUUCACAAGUCCAGCACAGGGAGUUCAAACUUUGAUAAUUCCAUUCCCAAUUUUUCAACUCUAUGUUAGUCAUCCUAUGGUGAGGAAUGGCCAAGGAAGAUUUGACAAAACUGCUAUUCCCCAUAUCAGUCUCAGUGCCUCAGUGAGUCCUGCAGAGUGCUGGGUGAGGUGAACCUCAAAGGGAAGGUAUAAGAGAAGAAAAAAACAGGAGGCAUACCACGGAGAAACCAGCUCACAUUGUUGGAAUCAGAUAGGAACUGAAAAAGAGAGUUAGAAAAAAAAGGUGUAUUUUUGGUUCAGUUUGGCGAGAGAUGUGAUGGAACACCCGUCAGGCCAAACCACCUCGUGUCUACUGCUCCUCCCUCCCCCCCUCCUCCUUCCUUCUUCUCUCCCUCUCUCCGCUGUUCUCAACUAGUCUGCCAGCUUUCCUUGGCUUCGUCGCUUCAGUGCUACGAGGGAGACAGAAAAAGAGAGAGAAAUCAGAGUGCCGGAGCUCAGCUCAACGCUCACAUAGAUGGCAGAGCAGAUGGGGAGGACCUGCUGCAUCCAUUCACAUCGAGCGCCGGCUUUCUCUGGAGAUGGACAUUGCAGUCAAUCUUAGAAAAGAAGGAGGGAAAAAGAGAGUGAAAGCAAGAGAAAGGAAAGUUAGAAGGUAAAGAAGAAGAAGAGGAUGAGUAAAAGAUAGGAAGGUGGAAAAAGCAGAGGCUGUGAUCUGAGGAGAGAUCACCUCUCAUCGAGAGCAGAGGACUUUGGAGGCUGUCAGGCUACAGCUGUGUGUAAUUUAGCUGCGAGUCAACCGUGCGUGUGUGUGUGUGUAUGUGUGUGUGUGGAGACAGUUUUGUGUGUGAGGGGAGCACAUAGCUGUGAAGGAGAGGGAGGGAGAGGCUCCAGCCAGAGACAGAGAGAAAGCGUAGGAGCGUCGCUGAGUGCACAGCUUGACUGUGAGACAAAUUGACUCUGACACACUGUCUCCCGUCAGUGAGUGUACGUGUGUGUGCGUGUGUGUAUGUGUCUCGUCUAACGUAGUGGGUGAUCUUUCACUAGUCAGGAGGUCACUCCUAUCACACUGACCAGGCUGUGGUGGUCAUUGCGAGGAGGCAAGGAAAGCAGAGAAGGCGGUGGUGGACUUGAGACAGUGGCAGGCCUAGGGGUGGGGUCAUGGCCAUGGGGGGGCCGUAUCCCGUCCUCCACUUUGCACCGGGACAGACGCUGGGGCUGGGGGUCUUGGAGCGGAGGUCCAUUCAGAGGAGCUCCCAGACUCUCCGAGCUCAGGCCCUGGCUGGGUGGGGGUACAGUGGGGGCAGCAGCAGGAGGUGGAGGAGGUAGUACUGGUGAAGGAGGCGCGGCGGAGAAAGGAGGCAAGAUGAAGUGUUCCCGCAGAGUCUGGGUGCUCCUGGGCUCGCUGGCUCUUGUCUUCCUCACCUCGCUCUUCUUCUCUGUUUCACUCCGUGGGGGUGUCGGCUUCAACUACCUUGAGCCGCCUGGAUGGGAGGAGUCGAGGCGGGUGAAACUGGUUCCCAGCUAUGUGGGCGCACACAAGCUGGCACCACCUGACGCCCCUCAGCAGAAGACGUGUGCCUGCCCACGCUGCGUCGGAGACCCCGGGGUUUCCGAUUGGUUUGAUGAGAACUAUGACCCGGAUAUCUCACCUGUCUGGACAAGAGACAACAUGCAGCUGCCGUCUGAUGUCUACUACUGGUGGGUGGUAAGUAACAUCAUCUAUUUAACUUUACUGCUUGAGUUGUGACAUGACAAGUACUGUGCAGUCACAUAGAAUGACAUUUUCAACCUGACGGAUGCAGAGGCGGAAAAUCACCAGAACAAACAUUGCAAGCACUCUGAGGGGAUUUACUCCAAACAAAGCCUGACUUACAUUAUCAAGAUAACGUCAGGGUUACUUCUGGACUUUUAGAACUAUAAAGGCAGCUCUCUAGUAGAUCACCAUGGUAACAUGCUGAAAACUAUCUGCUAGAUAUCAGUUUGUUGAAAACUCUGCCGACUAACCCCUAGGGGUGGGAGAAAAAAAUCGAUACAGCAUAGUAUUACGAUAUUUUGUCUGGUGAUAUAUCGUAUUGUCUCAUUUACCAAGUAAUGAUUUUUUUAAAUUAAUUGCUAAUUUGAAGUUACAUAUAUGAUAAUGGAACAAUAAAAUCAACUGUUUGUCCAGUGAGGUUGGCAAAUGUGACAUCAUAGAGCAGGAGAAAGUUAGUAAAACAAAUACAGUAGCACCUGGAGAAAGACAUUAGGAAUGCAAGCAGGGCACAAAUGAGAUGGACCUGACAUGUAAGGUUUGCAAGAUGUGCUACAUAAAAAUAGAAUACUGUGUAAGUAAGACAAACAUAAAGGAAAGACUGAUGCUAAAUUAGCUGAACAGUUCAAGAAAUUGUAUAAAUCGCAAUAUAUUGUAUCACAAUACUCACUGUAUUGCAAAAUAUUAAAAAUUGCAAUAAUAUUGUAUCGUGGCCCAAGUAUCGUGAUCAUAUUGUAUCAUGGUGUCACUGGUGAUUCCCACCCCUACUCACCCCUAAAUUCGCAUGAUCAUUGAUUCAAUGGGGGGGGGGGGCAACAAGCCAACCACUGAUUUUUAUAUAAAGGAAAUAUAAAACUAUUUACUGUGUCCUCCUGAUAUGACCCUUCAACAGGGACUAAAAUAAGCUAACAUCAGAGCCUUGAAGUUAUUUCAGCCUGCUUAAUAGAAGUAAAAUUGCGUGUGCUAAUCACGGUGAUGUUUUAAUGCUCAUUUUAUUAUCCAAGCACUGCUCCAUUUGACGCUUUGAGAGCUUCAGUGAAAAUAAGUCUAAAGCUGUCAAACAAGGCGAAUCAAUCUGAGCAACAGAUCAGUUUCAGUGAAUAAACUGGAGUAAUUAUAGUCAGAUCUAUCACACAGUAAUGGGAAAGUGAUACCAUGAGUCUAAAUAAGUGCACUGACUCAGUUUCUCUCUGUCUCUCACAGUUACUUUCUAUUUCAAAUGUAGCCGUGUCGAUUUUAGUCCAGUUUAUGUGCUUAACUUAUUCAUAUUGUUAAAAAAAAAAAGUCCCCGGUAAAGUUGUGUGCACAAACAAAAAAGUUAGCUGGCGUGUUGUUAAAAAUAAAAAGGAAACAAUGUUGUAUUUUGUUCCUCAGUGCUGGGACAGAACCAAAUACAGAUCGCCUAGUGUGUCUGGCCUCGGCCUGUGGCAUCUUGACUCAGCAGCACUGAAGUAAAACCAGGGUGUACAGGAGUGGGAGUCAGGAUGGUUUUGCAUGAAUUCCAAUGCAAGUCAGUCCUGUCGUUAUGUCACCACAGGAGCCAAAUUAAAUCACCUUGUAAAAGCUGAGUUUUUCCACAGAAACUAUGCAGAGGCUUUUUUGUUUCCACAUUCUCAGAGCUACCAGACUUGAAGAUGACUUCAGCUGAUGCUGUAUGUUGAGAAGGAAAACCAUGUUUUUCAUUACAUGAGACCUUUAAGCUCUUAAAUAUUUUAGGCUUGAUGAUUUAACUCUCUAAAACCAUUCAGCACUGAGAUCUUUUUGAACAGAUCAGAGGUUAAGAAAAUAAAUUUUCUUCCUGUUUUGAAUUUCUUGUUUUCUUUAUAAGUAAGCAGCUGAGACUCUAAGCUGAUCUUGGUUUCAGGAAAAAGUGAAACCGUUCGCCUGGCUCUGUAAGAGGUGGAUAUGACAUAUUUAUACAAGACAAAAGCACACACUAAUGCACUUUUUGACAAAACCCAGCUCAGUAAUGUCACUCUGCUUACAGUCUGUAUUCAAUGCUACAUGAAGCGAGCUCUUGCUAAGUGCCACUCUGAAGAGAGUAGGCGUAUUUCUAAUUGCCUAUGUGAAAACUACUCACCUUUGUCUACAGGUAUGUGUUCGCUCGUGUGUCCAAGUACAUCCAAGAAAGCUACUGUGUCUGUUUACGUACACUCGUCAGAUCGCCUGCAUUUAGCUAAUCUCUUGGUUUGACACCUACCCCCCAACCGUUGUUUCAGACAUUUAAAAUAAGAGUAGAGAAAUAGUCACCCAUAUUGUUGUUUUUUUUUUUUUUUUUUUUCGUUUUUUUCCUUUUUCUUUUUAGGUCAUAAUGAGGUAUCAUUGUUCAUUUCAGUCUAUUUCAUGACCAGAAAAAAACUCGUUCAUGACUCAAAACAAGUCGAAAAUAACAUUGUGUGUUGUUGUGCUCACUCAGUGCGAGUAGAAGUCAUAAGUAGUGCAUUGAUAUGAAUGUUCAUGUGAAAUUUCAUUAGCGGAGCAAGUAAUUCAGCAAUGGCAGUGCGCCGCUGCUGGAUGAAUGUAGGGAAAACACUGUUCUGUACAUUACUAAAACACAUCUCUGUUUAUUUCAGCCUGUUGUGUAAACAAUCAAAAAUUCCUUACAGGAGCUUUAAAUUUAAAUUUAAAGUAGUUUAUGUUACAAUUAUGUCAUCUAAAAAACUCUUCUUACUGGCGCCUCGUUGAGGUGCAGAACAAUCCCUAAAGGGCUGAUAUAGCUCAUCUGAAAGCUGUUUGUCGUCUGCCACAAAAGAAGAAGAAGCAGAAAGUAAAAAGUGUCAGUCGCAGGUUAACAGGUGCAACACUUCGCUGUACAAUUCAGAGCUGGAGAAAAAUGCGGAGAUGUCUACAGCUGUCAAAGAGUUCUCGUGUGUUACUUGUUAAAAAGGUGAAGGAUUGUGAGGAGAAGUGCAAACUUUGCGUGUGUGUGCGCGUGUGUGUGUGUGUGUGUGUGUGUGUGUGUGUGUGUGUGUGUGUGUGUGUGUGUGUGUGUGUGUGUGUGUGUGUGUGUGUGACAUGUGAGAUUUUGAUCAGGACACCAUCAUACAGGGACUAAUACAUCAUAAUCACGGAUCUGUCCUCAUCCUCUCUCCUCCAACCAAUCCCCUCUUACGAAUAGUUUGUGUCCUUGGACUCAGCAGAGAGGGACACGUGCUUGAUUACUGAGCUUUUCUGAAACCACAGCUCAGAAAUGGCUCUUACACUGAAAUUAAUGUGUUUCCUGAGUCGAGAGAGAGGAAGGACUUUGUUAAAGAAUGGCUGCAUUAGCACCCAUUUUCAUUGUGUGUCUAAUCCUCUUUAUUGGUCUCUUUUCUGUGGUGCAUGCUCAUUUGUCUCUUGAUAUCCACUUGUAUCUAAGAAUUAAUGUGUUUGUGUGUUUUUUUGCGUUAUCUCCAGUUUUUAAUGGUGUCCUUCAGAGGCUGCUCUAACAGCUUGUUUCAGAGCUGUAGCCUCAGUCCAGCUUUGAAAUGGCACAAAACUGCAAACACAGGCCAACAGCUGCCAAGUCAUUAGGUCAGACUGCAACAUGGGAGUGACGAACUGGGAGAGAGGGGAAAGAGAAAAGAAGACAUGAAUGGGAGGAAGAAAGUGAGAUCAUAUACAGCACAAAAAUGCACUGAAGGAAAAUGGGAAUGGUGCAACUUCAAAAGGCGGGUGUGAGAUAGGGAUGAAUUUGCAAAUUAAAGAGGAGGGAAAGAAAAACAAACUAGAAAGAACGGGAAAGAGAGAGAAAAUACAGAUGAGGUUUCAAAGGAAGGAAAAAAGACUGAGCAGAGUAAACAUUCCACUCUUGACAGACCUUGAUCGAAUUUUUAUCUGUCUUCUUGUCAGGAGUGCUUCCCUGUUGUUCUGAGUGGAAUAGAACAAAAUAUCCAAUUGCACAAAGCUGUCUGACCUUGCAGUGUUUGCAAAUAUGGCUUGUAGAGCCUCAACUGUCAUUUCUGUCCCUCAGACAAACACUGGCCGUAGGUGCAGACACAUCAGGCCCAAGAAUUUAAACAUGUUUUCUUAACACUGUUGCCUUAGAUUUGAAAACAAAUAUGCAGGAGCAGGUUGGAAAUAGAAAACAAAUAGACAACAUAUCUGGGAAAAAAGGCUUUAGUAAAAGGACACAAUCAGCUAAAGAGGGAUUAGAGCAUUUUCUUCCAAGAAUGGGAACACAGACUAUAUAUCGUCCUGGAGAAGAAAGAGCCUCCAGGAAUCCUUCCCAGAUUUGACUUGCUUUUAGCUCUUCUAAGAAAAAGAUCUCAGUCCCCUAUCCAAUCAACUCAUCUAAGUAGGACAGACAACAAUGGUUAUGUGCGCAAGACUCAUGAACUAUCAAGCCUGCUCUGCACUAGAGCAUUGAGCAAAAAAAAAAAAAAGACAUGUAAAAGAAUAUUUUUAGUGUAGGACUUAAAUUACACUGAGGUGUGCUAAAAUACCUCCUAAACACGCAUGCCAACGCCUCAUCUGUCAUUUUGAUUUACCCUGAAAUAGCUGUUAGUGAAUAUUUCAGUAGGUUUGGGCCCACAGUCCUCUCUGAGUCCUAAUAUGCGCAGGUGUGAAACUGAGAGUGACCUCAUGAGUUUCAGUGCUUGGUCUAGCACUGUGACACACAUCCCAGACUCAGUCAUUAUUUUUUGUAUGUUUGUGUGUGUGUGUGGAUGUAUUUGUGUUUGCUUUCUUUCUUUGAAUGUGUGACAGAGUAUUUAGAUUGGGCUAUUAUAUUUGCACAGUUUUGGUCUUUGUUUUCUGUGAAGUUUUUUUAUGUAAUAUUGCAAGGUUUGUACAGCUUAUAAAUCACUGAAUGGAUUAUUAAGCAUGUUACAACCCUGGUUCUAAUAAAUUAUUAAUAAAAGAAUGACUUGAAUAUUUGAAAUUCAUUAAAGCCCUUAAUGUAAUUGAAAAUAGAGCAAACACGAUAUAUCAAAGUUGAACCUGAAAAAUGUAAUUGCUGUUUUAUUUAAAAAUGGGCCAAAAUAUAUUCUUAUGGUAACUUAUGGUUCCUCUUUUGCGUAAAACAAUUUCCACCUGCAUUUAUUGAUGCAGCAUCAAACAGUGUUUACUGACAGUGUUUUUUGGAAGUGAUUUUGAGGCCAUGAAGUGAUUUGCACUGCAGAGUUUGAUCUGUUUUUGGAAACAGUGCUGCCUGUGGCCCUGAGAUCAUGGUCAUCCAGCACUGGUGUUUGGCCCUUGACUCUAGUGUUCAGGGAUUUCUCUGAGAUUCUUUGAAUCUUUUUAAAGAUAUAUAUUUAGUUGAGGUGCCCAAACUUUUGACAGUUUUUAAUUUUCUUCAGACAGAAUGGAUUACAGUUCAUUGGCAAGCUAAUGCUUGUUUUGUCAUUUAGCUGAAUCCAUAGUCUGUAUAUACUAUGGACAACUUGGUUCCACCUCCCGUCAUUAUAUGAAUUUGAAGCCGAAUUGCUCUCGGUAUUUCUGGGAUUUUCUCCACUUCCUGGAACCACCACUUGCGCAGUAGCGUUGUACUAAGGUUUGCGUUGUACUAAGAUUUCUGUAAUGAAAUCUGGGGACAUCUGGAGCAGGGGGGAUUGGGGUGUGUGAUCACAGACAACACCUCAGUACUACUUAGCAGCAGCACAUACCCCCCCAUACUAACCCCCUGUAAAAACUGUUGUUCAGCUCGCGCUCAACAUGCUUACUCGUGCUUCCUACCUACUCGGCUACCGUAAUAACCGUUGUUCUAGUCAACACGCAACAUUUUUGUUCUUAUUCAUAAAACGCUUAAAUCAGGGAAAGCUUUAGCUAGGGACAUGUCAUCCAGUAGGGGAUUAUUCCCAGAAAUCGGGGUCAUCUGGUCACCUCACGUUGUACGCACUCCACCACUUGCGCAGUAGUAUUGUACGCAUUCAGCGGGAGAGUUGCCGAGUUUUGUUGUGAAGACGCUUGGCUCAACAGCGUAUGUUGUAUUCCCCGGGUAGCUACGCAAUCAUAAGCCCAUAGGCUGUAUCAAGUGUCAGUCAUAGAAAACAUGAACUCCCUAAUAACUUUUAAAAAUUGAACUGGGUGAAGCCACCGUGAGAACAGCACCCUCUGUUGAUGGGCUGCAGUAUAGGUCAUAAAUCCCGCCUCCGCCAGCAAAGCUUAUGGAGCUGUGGACAAACUUUAGAAAUUUAUUACACAGAACAUACAUUUUUCUCCCCCCUGCUUGUGAUGUUGACAUGUAGUUAUUGUAAGACUGGUUUGUGCUCAAGUUCUCUUUUUUUUUCUGUGAAGCUCCGUUUUUAAAAGUUAUUAGGGGGUUCAUGUUUUCUAUGAUUGACACCUGGUACAGCCUAUGGGCGUUCAGGGAUUGCGUAGCUCUCCCGGGGUAUACGCUGUUUGAGCCGAGCGUCAUCACAGCGACUCUCGGUGACUGCACGGCCGAAUGGAAAUGAAGAAAAAUACUGAGAGCUUUUUGGCUUCAAAUCCGUAUACAGGCGGGAGGCGGAACCAAGUUGUCCAUAGUAUAUACAGUCUAUGGUUACCAAACAUUACACAAUCUCUACCUAAGACAGUGUUUGUGUGGCCCAACUUGUCUUUAUGAAAUCUCCAUUCGUCUAAAAUCUGCACUGUUGUUGAGCCAAGGCUACAUCUGAACCUUUCAAUCACUGCUGCACUAGCUCCUGGAAGUUUAAACGCUCUGCCAACUUGAAAUAUGACUUUUAUACUUUAAUGCAGAUGCCAAAAGCUUUACUUCAGGAGUCAGAGGACAGCUGAGAGGAAAAAAACAAGGCUGCCAGAAAACAUCUGCCAAAAAUUAGCAGCCCCUGAACAACAGCGGUGCGGCGUGCCAAACUGGCUCCUGCACCAUGCAGGGACUUAGAGACAGUCAAAAAGGGAAAAUGAUAGAGAGAUCAAAGAGAACGUAAAAUAGAAAGUGGAAAGGGCAGAAAUGCAGAGGUAACUGCAUGAGAGAAAGAAGCAGAAAGCAAGGAAAGAUUUAGCAGCUUCUGAUUGGUGCUGAUGAGCUGUGUAGUGUACAGGUGUCCCAGAGAGACGAAGAGAUGAAGAAAGAGGAGGAGGAGGAGGAGAAACAAAGAGGGAACAAGGGAAAUUAAAGAGAAGGAAUUAGACAUGAGGGCAAGGAGUUUGCAGGAGAGGAUGUGUGAAUGAAUUUGUAAGGGAAUGAGAUCUGUGUUGGGAAAUGCGAAUUAAGGCCAGUGGUGGGUGAAGAGGAAAUGGUAACAAAGGAGUGCAGAAAUGAAGAUUGCUGUGUGGGAGAGAGGGAGAAGAGGAGAGUGGAAAAGAAGGUUAUGGAGAGAAAAUAACCAUUUAGUGGCUGCUAGUAUACUGAUGGAACUGUAGUGUUUGUGAAUUUGUGUCAGGGGGAAAUUUUUUAAGGGUGUGCAGGUGCUCACUUUCUCUUCACACGCGUGAAUGAAGAUUUUGCCUGCGUGGUUUGGCAAGAGCUAAAAUUGGAUCACGAAUUUUCUUUUGUCUGUUUGGACAACUUCUCUCUGUCAGCUCCCGCUAGAGCGUGCCAUCUCUCUCUUUCUACCUCACACUGAUGCUGUUUUCUAACAGUGUACCUUGAAAAGCCAUACUUGACUUUUAAAUGAAUGUAAAACUUCAAAAGACAGACACAGCACUGCUUCAUAUUCAGAACAUGUGCCUUCACUAUAUUUCAUGCUUCAAGGACAUGAGCACUCUGUGACUGAAGUCUCCCCGAGAAAGUCUGCAUGUCUCUUUAGGGACAGCAGGUGUGACCAUAUUUACACUGAAACAGGAUUUGCUUGUUGUCAUGUCUCCUAUUUGUUGAUUUUCAUCCUACUAAUCUGCUAUAACAUAUGUAAUGCAUGGUAGUAUCUGCUCAGUGAAGGACAGAAGACAUCCAGCAAUUGUAUCCUUGUGAAAAACAUCCUCUUACAUAAAACAGAAUUAAUGCCACAGAGAAAAAGCAUUUCUUUUUGUUUCUAAGUAAUAUAAACAAAGAUUUUCCAGAGGGGUUUCUCUCAAAGUUAACGUCUCUUUAGUAUAAAAUGUCUCAUUAUUUUUGAGUCGAUGUUAAGGAUUUUUUUUUUUCUUUUCAGUUCCUGCUUUUGGGUUUUAGAAAUUAGAUAAAAACUUUGCCAAAGAGAAACAGAAAAUAUGGAGCUUGGGACAAACAGUCCAUACAGCAUAAAAAGAGAUGUGCGCAUAAACAAAGGUCACAAACAUGUUUGGUGUUUUGAUGACAUUUUUUUGUGAUUCAGAUUAAAACUAAGAUGAAUAAUUAACCUCGACUUCCUAUUUUCUUCUCUCUUUUAGUUAAGGUUUUAACUUGAGGCACCAUAGUUACAGUUCAUAGCAAGGGUUGACCCAGAUUCUGCUUGCCACAUCCAACAGUUAUUCUUUGUAUUUGUUUAAUUGUCUGUUUUAAAGCCCCAGUGAGGAGUUUUUAACUAGUUGUAAAAAAGAUGAAAAUUGAUACUGAUGCUUCUUUGUGACCAUGAAAACAAACACAAUCACCAGCAACACGACUAACAAUUUCUACAUUCUUCUUUAAUGUCUGACGCUGAUGUGAGGGAGUACGAGUCAGGCCAGUUGAUUGACAGCAUGCUACAGAAAAAGUCAAAUACUCACUAUAAAUGGCAUGUUUAACUGUUUAAAGAAAGCAGUGUGAGAUUUUUAUUCCAACAAGUACUUUAGUUACCAAAGGCAAGAUCAGCAAAAAGAGAAGAUGUACAUCCCUACUAGCCUGGCUGCAAAGUCGGCAGAAAUCGUUUAUAUCCGACGUCUUCUGCGGAUCUAAAUGAUUUCUGCCGACUUUGCAAAGUCAACUGCAGAAUUAACGGCGUUCUGAAUGAACAGGGCUUUGAAAAGUCCCGCAGCAUGUGUUAGACGUCACCAUCUACACAUGGACCAAUCAGGGGCUGCCUUUCCCUGUUGUCCGGGUAACAGUGUAAACACGGUCUCUGAUUGGCCCGGAUAUUUUCUGACCGGGAAUACACGCUCUCUAUGGGCCGAAGUCCAGACUGUUGUGUGAAGGACUGGCAAGUGAUUCACACAACAGGAUGGCCCAGCCAGGCUACAUCCCUAACCCUAGGGGGCGCCAAGAUAGACACAAAGUGAAAGUUCCUUACAUGAGCUUUGACAAAGGGGAUUGGUAAACAUCAUCUCUUGUCAGUAUUGUACUUUGUAGAUAGUCCCUGCGUGCUAAAGUCAGGACUGACUGUGCAGAAAGGCUUGUAUUUGUGAUCCGAAAAUAAGGACCUCAUUAGUUGCUGCAAAUUACACCAUGCUUUCUUCAAGCAUGGUGUAAACUUAUCAACAAAACUUCAGCUGAGAAUCUCUUAAAAUGAGAUUUUUGUAUGUGGUUAUCUGACUAUAAAUGAUGCAAAUCCAUGUGGCAAGAUGAGAGUUUUUUGAGCACUGCAGACAUCAUCGUCCAGAGUACUGAAGAAGAGUACUAUGUUCUUCCCCAUCUUCACAACUUUCCACUCCUCUUGUGUCUCCCUGUUCACUCCUCUUAACAUUCAUCACAUUACAUUUUCUUUUUGAUUCUCCAUUUAUUUAUUCAGAAUGCUUUGUCAGAGUCAGACAAGAGACGCUUGUUGUCGUGUCUGCUGUCACUUUUGUUUUUCCUUUUGAGUAGAACUGCAUGUCCUCUGGAAGUCUCACUGUUGUUUGUGACAAACAGUGUCAGUUAACUUUCCCUGGAAAUACACAGAGCGCCUGGAAUUUGCUGCCUCAAUUUUUUUUCCUGAAACUCCUUUAAGUUUUUAUUUCAUGUGAGGACAUCGGCACUAACUCUUCUCUUCUCAGUACAGUUCACCCCGUCUGAUUAAACCUAUUUGUCAAACCUGUUACUCUGACACAUGACUUUUACCCCAGCACACCUUAGAUGAAACAAAGACACACAAAUGUCACUGCUUAACUGCACAUAAAAGUCAAUGAGUGCUUGCAUGAAUGUGUAGAUGGACACAGAGAGAAUAAAGUUUGUUGUUCUGUUUUUUUUUUUUCAUCUAAAGCUGCUGACCCUAAUCUUAUUUUGUCUUUUUUUUUUGUAGAUGUUACAGCCGCAGUUCAAACCCCACAGUAUCCAGCAGGUGCUCCUGAGGUUGUUUCAGGUAUUUAAUAUUAUUAAUUCAACCUUCCAUUAGGCUGAUUCAUUACUCCUGACUCUUGGGUGAAGGCUGAGGGUGACAAAUUACCUUCAUCAGGCAUUUAGUGUAUCAGUGUAUGCAAAGAGCCUAGCAUACAUAUAUGUAGGUCUGCAUGUUUUAAAGCCUCAUUCUGGCUCCCUGUGGGUUGAAGAGUCUCAUGUAUUUUUCAUGAACGGUCUCAUGAAGAAUUCACCCCUCCACUGGGAACAAAAUGUAUUUUUUACAAUCUGGUCUGAGCUGCAGGUUGAGUUAUUUAAUGUUUAUUGCCUUGUCCAGGGUCCUCUUUAAUUUCCUGUGUAGCUUGAAUCUCUGCAGCUUGUUUUUAUAACACCUCUCUAUCGCAGGUGAUACCCGGGAGGUCACCAUAUGGCUCCUGGGAUCCGAGUCGCUGUCUGCGCUGCGCAGUGGUGGGAAACUCUGGAAACCUCAGAGGGGCCAAAUACGGGGCCACCAUCGACGGACAUAACUACGUCAUGAGGUGAGAGAGAUGGGUGAGGAGGACAGAGAGAAGAUGCACUAAACAGACAUAUAAAGAGGCAGAGGUCGAGACAAAACCGAGAGAUGUAGAAAGAAGGAGGGGGGAGGCAGCUGGAAAGAUCAGAGUUCAUGUGAGGAGAGCUGCAUCACAUCACACAGCACAGCGUGUGUGGAGAUGGAUGUUGUGUGAGAGUCAAAGUAUGAGUAGGGAAGCUAUAGCAGAUGUGUUUUUCUAACCCUGCAUUGAACCUCACUGCCUAAUGCUGUUACAGAUUCAGCUCUCCUAUUGGUGGACAGAGAGGUCACCUGACUGGUGUGAGGUCACCACACGCGGCUCUACGACCUUAGAAGCAGAAACGUUUAGAUUGUUUCCCUCACAUGCAGAGAGGCACAUAAAUCCCUUUGUCUGCAUCUCUUCCCCCGCUCGCUGUCAUGCAGCAGCCUUGAAUCACAGAGCCUGAUUGUUGUGUGUUGGCAUGAACACACAGCUAUAUGUUGUUCUGUGCAGGGAGAGUGUGUUGCUGCACAAAAGCCUCAGCAGGAAUGACAAGUAUUUUGUGCUCUGGCAUGCUAACAGUGUUAGCAUCCAUUAGUGUUGCUCCCUCAGCAGACCUGUGUGGGCAGCCUCCAACUUCCAGCUCCUGUUACGCUCCUCAUCGCUGUGGUUAGCUCCUCAUUAGUUUUUCAAAUCAGCUUUGUCGCUACAAAACCCACACAUCACAAACACCCACCUCCUGUCUGUCUGCCUUUUCUCUCCCUCGUUUAGAACAAACAUCUGUUUUGUUCUCAGACAUAUGGACAGGCGCACACAGUGGCCUUUUUUUCAGGUGCACUUUUCUGUUUAUAUAAACAGCUCACUCCCCCAGACAGUGAGUCACAUCUACUGUAAAUACAGGGAAAGUCUGAAGCGUACAGACAGCUGAGACGUUCGUUUAUCGUCUGACUGAAGGUUAGGCCAGACAAAAUCUAUUCAUCAUAUGAAAGAACAAGAAAAGUGACAUGAAAGACACAGUUUUUGCCUUCUUCCAGCUUUGAGGCGAAUUCACAGACGGAAACAGAGGUGGACACAGCCAGCAUGACGUCACCUCUUUCUUUGGGCACUACUGUUUUGAAGCUUAAAAGAAUCAGUUCAUCAAAUAAGAAAUGUUGCCUCCAGAUAAUUGUCAAAAAACAAAAAUAGGUUGUUUGUUUCAUUAUUUACAAAGCCCCAACAUCAAAAAGAGCCUUUCUCUUCGCAUCGUAUUCCCCAAUCAGCAAAGCACUUUGCAGCUUUUAGCAAGCAACAACAGUCUUUUAACAAGCAGAAACCUUGAGCAGAGCCAGGCCCAGAGUGGACAGCCAUCUACUGUGACCACGCUCAAAGAGGGAUAACUUAGAAAAUUAAUAUCAUGCUGUGCUAAGAAGACUUGUGCAACUAAAACUGACGCUAUUAUCUCAGAGUGGAAAUGAUCACCUAAAAACUAAAGUAACAGGUUUAAAUUUUCGCCGCUUGCUGCGUUAAAACUAGUUGUCCUUCAGCUGUCAGUGGUACUGUCCUCUGCUGGCCAAGAGAAAAAGGUGCUUACAGUUCCAAUAUACCAUCUAUUGAUGAACCUUGGGCUGCACGAUCACUCAGGUAUCAGUUGCCUUCCAUGAGUUGAAGAUAAGCGGCAAUAUUAAAGUGUAAACAAGUGCAUAAGACUUGAUUUAAUAACAAUGUUUUCUAAAAUCUUGGUUGAGUGUCAGCAAAGAGAUUUGUUGUCAUGUUUUUUUUGUUUGUUUUUUUUACCUUUAUUUCUAUUUUCAAAUCCAACAGAUCUGGGACAGACUGGUGUAAUGAAAUAUGGUCUUUGGCUGCUUUUCUAGUUGUAUAAAGUUACACACAACUAGUGGGUGUUACUUUUUACACAGCCUUGCAGUCAUAACGUCAUACCUUUAUAGAAAACAUCUGAUUCUAGCUAGACCUCCUGAUUGUCAGCAGUCUGCCACUUAGGGAUUGGCGAUAAAUUAUCGUUCACGAUAUAUCGUCAGAAAAAUCCUCCAUGAUAAAUAAUUGACAUCUCAUGAUGAAUAUGAUAAAUGCAAGUUGACAAAGUGCUAGCAACAGACUCGCAGCCAAAGCCCACACAGAGCAGAAUAACAAACAAACAUGGCUGAAGGUAAUGGUUUAGAUGAGCGCAAUCAGGUUUACCUGACAUCGGACAGUGGAUCUGCUGCUGCUGUUCACUCUGUACAAGAGAGUGUUUUCAACAAAUGUUGAAAAGGUUUUUUAAAUUUCAGACUUGUUUGAUGUCAUUAGUUUUCUCCAUAACCUACCACUCAAACUUGUGGUUAAGUAUCUUAUUUGACUUCUCCAAGACAAAAUGAGUCAAAAAUAUAGAUUGGAAUUAUAAUAUUUUUUUAUCUGGACUUUUAUCAUUAUCACCAGAAUGGCGAAUCUCAUCGUGAUAAAUUAUCUAGUCCAUAUCGCCCGUCCCUACUGCCACUGUGACAUUAGCUGGUGUUACUGACAGCUUGUGUUAUCAAGCCUUUAUGGAAACUCCAGAUUUAAAUCACAGUCAAAAUGCAAAUCCAGCUCCUACUGGUCUUCUGUGUGUGAAGUGUUGAGAACAAGCAGUUACAUUGUUGUGGUUGUUGUUGUGUGGAAAACAUAAAAACUUCCCACUGUGAUCUGAUGCUUUUGUCUCUCUGUUCAUCAAGUGGGUGAGUCCAUGACAGAGCUUGUCCUUUGACAUGGUCAUAAAAGAACAGCAGGGUCUGACAAAAGGUUGAAGCCAAGGCCCACAAUGUUCUCAAAACAAUCAGAGAAGCUGGAAGACACUUCCAGGAUUAUAUUCAAAUGAAUCUCUGCUGUGGUUUUUUAUGGACAUCCAACUCUGAAACAUUAUAUUUGUAUGUUAAAGUACAGAUCAGCAUCAUGGGUCUCCUUGACGUAAAAAUCAGGUUCUUCACUGAACUAACAACUGUGUAAAAAUUUAUUUAAAGGCUACAAGUGUUUGUGAUAUGUAACAUGUAGCUACACUGUGCUACAAAAAGGUGUUUACAUGAGAUUGGCUCUUCUAGAAGUCUCACUUUAAUGGUGCUCUCACAGUACCUCUGACUCAUAGCCAAGCAAGCAUUGGAGCCUGAUGACUGGGCUUUUAGGAUUUGCUCAAAUUUCAGGUAAAAGCUUCAUUCUAAGUCCAAGUUCCAGGCAGAAAGUCUAGUAACCACAGAAAUGAGGUUUAGUUUGGUGGAAACAGAGCUCCUUUGAUUUUGGAUGAAGAGUUUUGUUGCAUUUCUUGUAAAAGACUCCAAAAAAACAUAUUCUCAGCCAAAGUUUUCUACAAAAUUGAGCAGAGUUGUUGCACAAAACAUAACUGAAAAUGUGUCUCUGUUUAUUUAUAUGUGAAAGUAGAACAAUAGAAGUCCCUCAAGUUAAUAAAUCAUCAUGAUUAAUAUGUAAUCCUCUUCUGAAUUGACAACAAAAUGUGAUUGUUAUUUGGGCUCUAGUGGUCUAAUGGUGCAGACCAAGAGGUAUCACAAGUAAACUACGCCAAAAAAAUGGGGGGGAGGGGGGGGGGAUCUUGAGUACCUACAGCAUCACUAACAAAAGGUUGCUUUUAGUGGUUUGUUAACAGGUAGCACUUUAUCAAUGUUGAACUCACUCACACCCACAGUAUAAAACAGCUCUUUCAGAUGAAGUAAAGAUGCUCCUUCUCUGUCUGUCUGUUGUGAGUAGAUGUCUGAUGGCUGUCAUUGUGGCUCACGUUAAUUACCUUUAUAGAUUUAUUUAUUUAUGACACUGUGAACCAACAUCACUGAUUCAGACUUAUGGUUGAUCAUACCAUUAUCUCAUUGUUGUUGUGGCUGAGGGUUAAUCUGACCUUAGAAGAACAGUUGAUCAUUCGGGAACGAAGAUACUGCGAGUCUGCCCCCCUCCAAGGUUGAAACAGAAUUGUUUGAAGCAAUUAGAUGCUUUUAGCCUGCUGCAAAAUGAACAGUAGAUUUCUUCAUUUCCUAAAACGACAUUAUCGAUCAGUCUGACAUGCCGGCAUGAAAUGAAUUCCUUGAAACAUUUUUUGCACAUUUUUUAACAAACAAAAUUGAAGCUGGAUAAUUCAUGACAUAGCCCGCUCACAAAGCCUGCAUCUCUCAAUCGCUCACGCCGUUCCACUUUUGCUUCCAGGAUAAAUCUGGCCCCCACGGUGGGCUAUGAAGAAGACGUCGGCAGCCACACAACUCAUCACUUCAUGUACCCAGAGAGUGCCAAGAACUUGGCAGCGAAUGUCAGCUUUGUCCUGGUUCCCUUCAAAACGCUGGACCUCGUCUGGAUCACCAGCGCUCUGUCCACAGGCCAGAUUCGAUUGUGAGAAGACACACACACACACACACACACACACACACACACACACACACAGAUGAACACACAUAUGAGGGCACAUAAAGGACAAAAAUAAAACAGACUGUAAAAGGACAUGAAUUUUAAGAUCUAGAACUUCACCUUAGGGGUCACAGCGCAUAUACCCACAGUCACUCUCUCUCACACACUCACACACAGCCAGAGUUAUGAGAAGUUGGAGUCACUGGACUGGAACGAUCUGUCAGCUGUCAAUCAUCCAGAGUCCACAGCUGCAGAAAUCUCAUGAAGGGUUGAUUGAAUGUAUUUAAUCAAUUUCUCUCUUUCUCUCUCUCUCCGUCAGUACGUACGCUCCAGUGAAGCAGUUCCUCCGUGUAGAUAAAGACAAGGUGUGUAUUUUCAGCUUACUCUGCAAUGACUCUUUGGCAUCUCACACACUUCAAUGUUUAGGGCAACACACGUGUAGCCUUAAACACAUGAAACACACACACACAGUGACCUCGCUUUCUGCCAUUGCAUCCCCUCCUCAUUGUUGAUGAGGGAUUACAGUUAGAUUAUAAACCUCUCCUUUGUUUUAAAUAAUCUUCUGUUUACUGUUUAAUCCUUGAAAAUGAAAAUGAAAAUAAUAAUAAUAAAAAAAACUCACACUAAUCCCUUCCUGUGAAAAUCUUCGCCUGGUCAGAGACACUGUGGCUUUUGGUGUGUGUGUGUGUGUGCGUGUGUGUGUGUGUGUGUGUGUGUGUGUGUGUCUCUGGAGGCGACCCAGAAAUAUAGAUUUGUAAGAUCUCCUCCUUGGCGGUGGCGCUCUGAGCAGCCUAAAGCCCUGUUUGUUGGGUCUGAACAUCACCUGGAGGGAGAUGAUUAAAAUGUCAUUAUGAUUCAUUUGGUUAGAAGUGCUUUUAAUCUUUCACAGCCAUCACAACCCGGAGGAGUAUUCAAAUUUAACUGUGCAAAAUCUUUCCUUGUUUUGUCGGACCUUUUGAAUAUGCAGCAGCUCUGAUUGCAGGAGGUUAUCCUGCCUGUAAUACCAUGUUGAUAAUCUGAGCGACAGCCUCCAUCUGCAGAAUAAACAUGCUCUCCUGCUUUCAUAGAGGGAGUGCCUUUUAUUCUUUUAACCAUCUCUUCUCUCUGUCUCCUUUUACCUCCAGGUCCAGAUCUUCAACCCAGCGUUUUUUAAAUACAUCCACGACCGCUGGACCAGACACCACGGUCGCUACCCCUCCACUGGCAUGCUGGUGUUGUUCUUCGCCCUGCAUGUUUGUGAUGAGGUCAGCUUCUCUCUCAUAGCACCAUACUCUGUAAAUUAUUGUAUCAUACUGACAUCUUAAUUGCAUCAUAUGCCCGCCGUAAACACGCGCCCGCUUUCUCGACUCUCCUUUAGGUGAAUGUGUUUGGUUUCGGGGCCGACAGCCGGGGGAACUGGCACCACUACUGGGAGCAGAACCGCUACUCUGGGGAGUUUAGGAAGACCGGCGUCCACGAUGCUGACUACGAAGCUCAGAUUAUCCAACGGCUGGCCAAGGCCGGCAAGAUCACUGUAUUCCCUGGGAAAUAACUACACACAAACAACAGUAUAAUAUCCCGAGCUCCGUCAUUGGUACAGCAGCAGACACUGUAGAGGCUGACAAUGUCUUUGUAUUCUCGCUUUUACUUACCUGCACCAGUUUGUUUGCAGAAGGCGAGAGAAAAAGGUCGCCAAAUGGUACCAAAAAAAGUCAUCUGUUCAUUUCCCCCCCUCAUCUUUGGGAGGUAGGCCACCAGUUGAGAUCACGGUGUAGAUUCACGAGAAACCAGGACCUUGGACCUCAUAGAUCCAAAUAUAAAUCUGCUUACGUAAAGUAGAAGUUGCCUGACAGCUGCCCUGAACGUCAAGGUUUACAGAUAAAUUUGACAAGGAAUACAUCCGAUCUGUUUCAGUGAUGAUGAUGAUUUUUUUAAAAGGAUAGAGUGAAGACUAGAAAUCACCAGAGACACAGAAAAGGAAAAUACAAGAAUGUGAUUGGUUGAGAGUCCCCUAAGAGAGAGAUCCCAGAAACAGAACAAUCAUAAACUUGUUGGACCUCUAAGCUUUGGAUGUUGGUACCGCACUGCAGAGGAGCUGGCACCACAGACUCUUAUUGUGUAUCAGAAAGCAGUGUGCUGGAGACCGUUUUUAGACUGGAGGACUGAAUUCUCAUCUCUUACAGGACCCCGGGCCACGACUCCCUUGAGAAAACGUGUUCCUCCUAAACCCUGUGCAAGGCAAAAAGCUCACUUUACCACUUUUCACUGUCAUAACUCCACUUUAUGUGAGUUCUGCCUCAGAAGACAGUGUUACAGGGACCUUGUCUGACUGUGAUGGGCUGUUAAACGAUUGCUCAUAAGGCAAGAGGUGAUUGCUGUGAGUUUAUAUGGUAUGACUUCCCACUAAACUGUUCCCCCCAGGUCUUCACCACAGCUAACAGGGCUUUGUCACCUUCCAGCAGACUCACAGACACACACACACACACAGUGAAGAUUUUUGCCUGUCGGCCAUUCUGACUCAGAAAGAUCACUGCGGCACGAGCCUCAGCUUCUGUAGAGAGGAAUGAUGAUAAACAGCGGAGACCACGGGCCCUGCUACAGUUUUUGUUCACAUCCAGACACACAGGGAGGAGUGUUCAUGGGGAGAGCCGGUCUCACUGCAUCAGACUCUAAUGAGGCCAAUAGUCCAUCUCCUGGGACUUUGUGUUUGGAUGGAGGCAUGCUGGUUUCUGGACCUGAGUUUAAUCCCCAUGAGGUCUGUCAGAGUCUAUUUAAGGAGAGGAAGACUGGCGACCGAGAGUUUGGGCGUGAGGAACCGGUCUGACAAAACACAGUGUGCUGAGGUUUAGUAAGAAAUUGAAAAGAUGUUUAUUCACAGUUGUUAGUGUUCUGCAAACACAAACUGAACUGGGUUAACCACUCUGGUUUGAAAGGACUGCAGCUCAUAGCGAACACGCUCUGCAUCUUUUCCCUUUCACAGACGGAAACCUUCUGGAUCCCUGUGGAGUCAGAGACUGUCAGGAGCAUUUGGCUCCAGAUUAAAGCUCAUAUGAUGAGGUGUGAGGAAAUCCCAUUGGAUGUGGGAAUUCUUGUACCUGUCAGCAGAUCAGCUUCAUUAACCAAUUGCCCCGGUCCCUGCUCAGCCAAUUAAAACUUCAGCUUAGUCUGGAGGGGACGGAGCCACCAGACGCCUUAGAUUCCACCUCUGCAUCACAUUAUCUGCACUUCCUGUUCUGAUUUAUUCUGAUAGCUUCAAUCUAAUGUUGGCAUAUCCCCCUGCAGACUGCAGUCUUCUUCUUGUUCAUGUACUCUUUGAGUUUACACUUUGUCUGGGUUUAUACUUUUGGCUCAGAUUCGAUUAUCUUUUCCACCCAGGUGCCGCAUCUAUUAUUUUUUCAUCACAAGUUUAUAUCGUCACUUACCCAUCUGCAGCCUCCAAACAAAUACUGGUAAUGAGAGUCGUGCCAGAGUGUGUCCAAAAUACAAAACCAUCAGCAAAGGACAAAACAAAGUCAUUACUCUGCAGAUGUGUUCAUCAUACACAGUUUUGUGAUAAAGAGUACUCAUGGUUCCUAUGCAGGUCUAGGACAUAUUGUAAUAAUUUACACCAAACUUUGGUUUGUGCAUUUAUUUGAAAUUUUCAAAGUAAUAAUCGCUUAACAGACACUUCAUAUUCCACUUGGAGUUCUGGCUUGUGGAACUAAAUUUCUGGAAUUAGAACGAAUCAGUGUUUGUGUUAGGUACAGUAAUGCAAGUUAAAAUACGAGGAAUACCAUACUCAAAGACCCCUAAAACUUCUUCCUAAAGCUAUAUAUUUAAAGCUAUAUAAGCAACAAAACAAACUUAAAGGUGUCCUGCAGAAUUUGUGAUCUCCAGUCGCACUCAAGAGCGUUUUACAAUGCACAAACAGGUGAUUUGUCUUGUUAUUAAAUAUGCAUAAAAAGACUUACAUUUAGGGAGCUGCAGUACUCGGUCCUGCAAAUGGUGUUACACCUUACCAUAGACUGUAUAUACAAUGGACGACUUGGCUCCGCCUUCCGUCAUUAUUUGAAUUUGAAGCCGAAUUGCUCCUGGUAUCUCUGGGAUUUUCUCCACUUCCUGGAACCAACACUUAAGCAGUAGCAUUGUAUGCAUUAGGCAGGAGAAUCACAGAGUCACUGUGAUGACGCUCGGCUCAACAGCGUACAGCGUAUUCCCCAGGUGAGCUACGCAAUCUUCGUACGCCCAUAGGCUGUAUCAAGUGUCAAUCAUAGAAAACAUGAACCCCCUAAUAACUUUAAAAAAUGGAGCUGUACAAAAAAAAGAGGACUUGAGCACAAACCAGUCUUACAAUAACUACAUGUCAACAUCGCAACCAGGGGGGGGCGAAACAUGUAUACUCUGUGUAAUUAAUUUCUAAAGUUUGUCCACAGCUCCAUAGAGAUUGCUGGAGGAGGCGGGAUUUAUGACCUAUAGUGCAGCCCGUCACUAGAGGGUGCUGCUCUGGCUUCACCCAGCAAGGAGGCCGACGGCAUCCAUUCUAUAUACAGUCUCUGAAUCUUACCCUGAUCAACAGGUUUGUGUGUACAAAAUAUGGCCACCAUUAAAAACUGUUAAUAUAUGAACCCUUUUAACUUAAGUAAGCAAAACUUAUAUAUGUCAUAUAGUAUUCCAUUGCAAUCCUGAACUGUGUAAAAUGUUCCCAUAGAGAUAAAAAAAAACUGCUAAAGUUACAACCAGAACUUCCCCAAUAUCUAUCUGUUCUUGCAUCUGUGUAUAGUUUUAGUGAAUCAUUAAGUGCUAUAGGCUGAGCGAAAGAAAAACACAAAUCUGCAAUCUCGAAUGUGUUAAGUAGAAGCUGCGUAGGAACCAUGAGAGCCAGCCGCUGCAGCAGAUGGUACUUUAAUGUGAAAUAACACUUGUGGAUGGGUGAGGAAAGACACUCGGAGUCUGUUGUUCAAAGUUGAGGGACUUUACCACAUGGCAUUUCAAAGCUUGUUAUUAUGUGUUUAUUUUUAUAUGUACUUUGAUCAUUGCUCUCACUGAGGGAGGCUCUAGGAAACUCAAGAAAGAGUCAGGAGGGUGUUGCACCGCCCCCUGCAGGCAAAAUGAAGAACGUGCCUCUUGAACCCAUCUCAGUGUGUUGUAGUCUAUGAUUUGAUUGAACCACUCUUCACUCUCAUGUGUUGCCACUUUUCUUUUCGGCUUUUUUUUUUUGUCCAUCUGUGCACAUAACAGAUCUGAUAUAAUA